UCUUCGCUCGCACCUCACAAACGAUCGACGUGUCUUGGUUUCAGUCUCGGGGAUUAUGACUUGAAACAGUUUGAAAAUAGAUAUUUUUUAGUAAAAGAAUAUACAUAUAUCUAUAUAUAUAUCGUAUAUAUACGCGCACACAAAACGGUACGGAAUAUAGCUAUAUAGAGUUUUUUUUGUACGCCCGCAAACAUACACACACUCGCACACGCACACACGAACAGCGCCAGGAUAACGAAAUCAUAAACAUCAUAAAGAAGCGAGAUCAAAGAUAGAUAGAUAAAAAAGUAUAUCAAGUGAAGAAGCAAAUCAAAAAAGAGAAAAGUGAUCGAGAGGUGUUACAAUCUUUAAGUGCAGUUUCAACUGCAUAUCUGAUUUGGUUGUCAUUUGUCAAAUGAUAGUAUAUCAGUGAUAUAUAACGAAGCAACAAAAUGCAACGACAAAAUCCGAACCCGUACCAGCAGCAGCAGCAGCAGCAGCAGCAGCAGUACUCCACUCAGGAGUACUCGCACUCCAGCCAGGAGCAGCAUCAGCAGCAAAGGAUUAGCCGCACCGAACAGCAUGUUCAAAGGAGUCAAAUCACCAGCACCCAACAACGAGUCCAACAACAUUCUGGCGGUGGCAGCAUCACUGGCGGCGGCAUCAACUAUGUGCCACCCGCAUUGACACACGUCUAUGCCCAGGGCGACAUCUCGCCGCCGGUUUUCGAGCAGAUCUUCAAGAAUGCUCGCUUCGCUCAGGGUGGCAAUGCCAUGUUUGAGGGAAGGCUGCGUGGCAAUCCGAAGCCAUUCGUGACAUGGACCCGAAAAGGCGCACCACUUCUCGAGUCGCAAAAGUUUCGAAUGAGCUACAACGAGGCCACCGGCGAUGUGUCGCUGCUGAUCAACCAGAUUGGACCCGGGGAUGAGGGCGAGUACACCUGCACCGCUCGCAAUCAGUAUGGCGAGGCCAUCUGCAGUGUCUACAUCCAGCCGGAGGGCGCACCAAUGCCAGCGUUGCAGCAGCCCAGCAUCCAGAAUCUGGAGAAGAACAUCUAUUCGAAUGGGUACUCGUACACGUCCAUCGAGGAGGAGUUCCGCGUGGACACCUUUGAGUAUAGACUGCUGCGCGAGGUCUCCUUCCGCGAGGCCAUCACCCGUCGCUCCGGCUACGAGCUGGACUCUCAGCUCUCCCAGGAGCUCGACCGCACCCUGGGCCCUGCGCAUGCGCCACAAAUCUCGCAGAAGCCGCGCAGCUCGAAGCUCAUCGAGGGCUCCGAUGCGGUGUUUACCGCCCGCGUCGGCUCCAACCCCAAGCCCCGUCUCACGUGGUUCCACAACGGACAGCGUCUGGUGGCAUCGCAGAAGUACGAGAUCUCCUAUUCGAGCGGAGUGGCAACGCUGCGCGUGAAGAAUGCCACUGCCAAGGAUGGCGGCCAUUAUACCCUUUUGGCUGAGAAUUUCCAGGGCUGUGUCGUCUCCUCUGCCGUGCUGGCCGUAGAGCCCGCGGCUGAGUCUGCCUACGAACCGAAACCCGUGGACGUGAUGGCCGAGCAGCUGGAGGCGGGCAAGGCCUUGCCCCCUGCCUUUGUCAAGGCCUUUGCCGAUCGCGAGGUCACCGAGGGACGCAUGACGCGUUUCGAUUGUCGCGUGACUGGCAAUCCCUAUCCGGAGGUCUUCUGGUUCAUCAAUGGUCGCCAGGUGAGGGACGAUGCCUCGCACAAGAUUCUCGUGAACGAAUCGGGCAGCCAUUCGCUGAUGAUUACGAAUGUGACCCGCUUGGAUGGCGGCGCUGUGCAGUGUCUGGCCCGCAACAAGGCCGGCGAGGUGGCCAUCGAGGCGCAGUUGAAUGUGCUGGAAAAGGAACAAGUUGUUGCACCGCAAUUUGUUCAACGCUUCAGCACGAUGACUGUGCGCGAGGGUGAACCCAUAACGAUGAGUGCCAAUGCCAUUGGCACACCACUGCCGCGCAUCACCUGGCAAAAGGAUGGCGUUCAGAUCUCAUCCACCGCCGAACGUUUCGUUGGCAUUGACGGAGGCGCCACCUGCCUGGAGAUACCGCGUGUCCAGGCCACCGAUGCCGGCUGGUAUCAGUGCACGGCCCAGAACAUUGCCGGCUCGACAGCCAAUCGUGCGCGUCUCUAUGUGGAAGUGCCGCGAGAGCAGCCAUCGCAGGAGCAGCGUCGUUUGAAUCUGCCCCGACCCACGAAAGUGAUUGAGCCAGAACCCAUUCCUGGCCCUGAAAUCAUUUACUUGCGUCACGUGGAGCGCGCCAAGCCGCAUCUGCGGCCUGGGGAGGAGGAUCGCGUUUAUCCUCCACCACAAUUUAUUAUCCCGCUGCAGAAUGUGCAGCAGACCGAGGGCGGACGCGUGCAUAUGGAGGCGCGCAUUGAGCCCGUGGGUGAUCCCACAAUGGUCGUCGAAUGGUAUCUCAAUGGACGUCCCCUGGCAGCCAGUGCCCGUGCCACAUCUGUCUUCAAGUUUGGCUUCAUCGCCUUGGAUCUGCUGAGCAUCAUGGGCCAUGACUCCGGCGAGUACAUGUGCCGCGUGAGCAAUGCCAGCGGUGUGGCCGAGUCCCGUGCCAUUCUGUCGGUUGUGCAGCGUCCAUCCAUCGAUCAGACAUCGCAGAAUCCCAACAGCGUGCAGUACAUCUCGCAGCUGGAGGAUUAUUCGCGCUAUCAGCGACAGGAGAGCUCCGAAGAGCAGCUGAAUCAGGCGCCCCAGUUCAUACGCCCACUGCGUGAUUUGGGCGAGUUUGAGGAGGGUAAAAAUGUGCACUUUGAGGCACAGGUGACGCCCGUCAAUGAUCCAUCGAUGCGCGUGGAGUGGUACAAGGAUGGCCUGCCCAUUACAGCUAGCUCCAGGAUCACGGCCAUCUUCAACUUUGGCUAUGUCUCCCUGAACAUCCUGCACCUGAGGGCCGAAGACUCCGGCACCUACACCGUGCGCGCCGUCAAUCGCAUUGGCGAGGCCAUCAGUCAGUCGGUUAUUCGUGUCCAUGUGCGCUCCCAAGUGACCGCCGAUCUGGGCAUACCCGAGCAGCAGCGUUACAUCGAAAAGACCGAGCAGCUGGAGGAUUAUCGCAGCAAAUCGCAGCAGCGUCGUCACGUGCAGGAGGCACCCGAGGCCAUUGCCCCGCCGCAGUUCAAGACGCCCAUCCAGAACCAAUUGGAUCUGCGGGAGCACGCGCAUGCGCACUUUGAGGCGCGUCUCGAGCCGGUGGGCGACUCCACGAUGCGCGUCGAGUGGCUGAAGGAUGGCCAACCGCUGGAGGCGAGCAGCCGCAUCACGACCUACCACAACUUUGGCUACGUGGCGCUGACCAUCAAGCAGCUGACCAUCUACGAUGCCGGCACCUACACCUGCCGCGCCUACAACGCCAUGGGCCAGGACACCACCGUGGCCCAGUUGACGGUCAUCUCAAAGAACGAAAUUGUCUCCGAGUCGCAGCAUCCCGGUGGUCUGCAGAAGAUCCAACAUCUGGAGGACUCAUCCCGCUACGGUCGUCGCGAGGAGGAGGAGAUUUGCAUCAAUCAGGCGCCACGUUUCCUCGGUCCGAUGAAGGGCACCACCAAAAUCUUGGAGGGACAACGCGCCCACUUUGAGGCACGCGUGGAACCGCAGUCGGAUCUGGGCAUGCAAAUAGAAUGGUAUCACAAUGGACGCUCCAUCACGGCAGCCAAUCGCAUUCAGACCUACUACGAUUUUGGUUAUGUGGCUCUGGAUAUAUCCCAAGUGAGGGCCGAGGAUGCGGGCGUCUAUCUGGUGGUGGCCAGGAACAAGCUAGGUGAAGCUCAGUUGCAGGCAACGAUGGUAGUGGAAACUCGUUCCAAUAUCGACACAUCUAGCAUGCAUCGUGGCCUCUACGAGAAGACCCAAAAUCUGGAAAACAAACCCUUCGUGGAGCCCCAAUAUGACAUCGAGGAGAUCUCCAAGUCCAAGCCCGUGUUCGUGCAGCCUCUGGCCGAUCCCAAGCCCAUACAUGAUGGCAAAAAUAUCCACUUGGAGUGCCGCCUGGAGCCCAUGGGUGAUCCCACAAUGCGCGUCGAAUGGUUCCACAAUGGCCGCCCCGUGACAGUGGGCUCUCGCUUCAGGACCUACUACGACUUUGGCUUUGUGGCUCUGGACAUUAUCAAGGCCACUGCCGCGGACUCUGGGGAGUAUACAGUGCGUGCCACCAAUCAUCUGGGCACUGCCCACACCUCCGCCUGUGUGCGUGUGAUCGAUCGCACGGAUGUCGUCACGGAGACGCAGAACGAGCAAUCGCUGGAGCAGAUCCAACUGCUCGAAAACUCGCGCAGCAGGCAGCAUCGCGAGGAGGAUAUCACCGUGAUGCAAGCGCCACAAUUUACGCGGGCGCUGCACAACAUCGAGACUGUGGAGGGCACCAAUGUCCAUCUGGAGUGCCGCCUGCAGCCCGUCGGUGAUCCGUCGAUGCGCAUCGAAUGGUUCGUGAAUGGCAAACCCGUCAAGACGGGCCAUCGCUUCCGUCCCGCCUACGAGUUUGAUUAUGUGGCCUUGGAUCUGCUCGGCUGCUAUGCCAUCGAUUCGGGCGUGUACACGUGCCAGGCGCGGAAUCAACUGGGCGAGGCCGUCACCUCUUGCUCCGUGAGAAUCACCUCAAAGAACGACUUGAUUCUGGAGACGCAGAACGAAUCGGGACUGCAAAAGAUUGCCUAUCUGGAGGAUAGCUCUCGGUAUCGCCGUCACGAGGAGAUCGAUGAGGUGGUCAACAUUCGUCCGAGGUUCCUCACCCAACCCAAGAGCCUGAACAACACCCGCGAGGGAGGACACGCCCACUUCGAGUGUAAGAUUGAACCCGUCACGGAUCCCAAUCUGAAGGUUGAGUGGUUCAAGAAUGGACGCCCCAUUACGGUGGGUCAUCGCUUCCGUCCCAUACACGAUUUUGGUUAUGUCGCUUUGGACAUUGUCCACUUGAUUGCCGAGGAUUCGGGUGUCUACACCUGCAGGGCCGUCAAUCUGAUUGGCUCCGAUGAGACCCAAGUGGAGUUGCAGUGCCGCAGCAGCGAGCAAAUUGUCACCGUGACCCAGAAUGAGGCGGGCCUCGAGCAGAUCCACUAUUUGGAGGAUCGUUCGCGGUACAUCCGUCGCGAGGAGAUUGACGAGAGCACCAAGCAGGCGCCAGUGUUUACCACAUCGCUGAAGAACAUUGAGAUCAAGGAGAACCAACGGGCGCACUUUGAGUGCCGUUUGAUCCCCGUUUCGGAUCCAUCGAUGCGCGUGGAGUGGUACCACAACAAUCUGCCCCUCAAGUCGGGCUCUCGCUUCACGGAAACCUCCAACUUUGGCUUUGUGGCGCUGGAUAUUAUGUCCACGCUGCCCGAGGAUGCUGGCACCUACACCUGCCGCGCCUUCAAUGCCGUUGGCGAGGCCAUCACCUCCGCUGUGGCUGUGGUGCACACCAAGAAAUCGAUUUAUUUGGAAUCGCAACACGAGACGGCACUGCCACGUCUGCAGCAUCUGGAGGAUGGCUCCAAGCGUCAGCGCAUCAGUGUCCAGGAUGAGUUUGUGUCCCAGGCGCCGGUCUUUACGAUGCCCGUGCGGGAUGUGCGUGUGGCCGAGAAUCAGGCUGUGCACUUUGAGGCACGUUUGAUCCCCGUGGGAGAUCCCAACCUAAAGGUCGAGUGGCUGCGCAAUGGCCAGCCCAUUGAGGCCUCCAAUCGCACCACCACCAUGCAUGACUUUGGCUAUGUGGCACUGAACAUGAAGUACGUGAAUCCCGAGGACUCCGGCAGCUACAGCUGCCGUGCCAUCAAUGAGUUGGGUCAAGCGGUCACCUCCGCCUCGUUGAUUGUCCAAUCAAAGACGGCCAUUCAGCUGGAGACACAGCACGAGGCUGCCAUGCACAAGAUUCAUCAAUUGGAGGAUCACAGCCGCUACCAGCGACGCGAAGAGGAGGAGUACACAGUCACCACGGCCCCGGUGUUUGUCACGAAACUCAUUGGACCCACGAACCUAAAGGAGGGUCAAAGCGCCCACUACGAGUGCCGCAUUGAGCCGUAUCCGGAUCCCAAUCUGAAGGUCGAGUGGUUCCACAAUGGCAAACCCCUCAGCACGGGCCAUCGCUUCCGCACCACCUACGACUUUGGUUUUGCCGCCUUGGACAUUCUGACGGUUUAUGCCGAGGACUCUGGGGAGUACACCUGCCGCGUGACGAAUAAUCUGGGCGAGGCCAUCAAUUCAAUCAAUCUGAAUGUCACCUCUCGCUCCUCGAUCAUCCAUGAGACACAGCACGAGGAUGCACUGUCAAAGAUUGCCCAUCUGGAGGAUGCCUCACGCUUCCAGCGCAAGGCGGAGGAGGAGCAGUUCCACGCAGAGCGUCCACAAUUCGGUCGCUCCCUGCGCAAUGCCAAGGUCAAUGAGGGCACGCCGGUGCAUCUGGAGGCUACGCUGAUACCCGUGAAUGAUCCCACAAUGAAGGUCGAAUGGUACUGCAAUGGCACACCCGUCCAAGCGGGACAUCGCUUCAAGACAACCUACGAUUUUGGUUUUGUCGCUUUGGAUAUCCUUUAUGCACAUGCCGAGGACACUGGCACCUACAUGUGCAAGGCCAAGAAUGCAAUUGGAGAGGCAGUCACGACAUGUGCUGUAAACGUAACAGCAAACAAAACCCUCGAUCUGGACACCAUGGAUGCGGAGAGACUCGAAAAGAUUCGCCAACUGGAAAGCUAUGCCCCACCCACCAAGGCUGUCGUAGAGGAGAAGGGCUCCAAGCCCAUUUUCCUCACACCACUCAGCAAUUUGGAGCACCUCAAGGAGGGCGAACAUGCCCAUCUCGAGUGCCGCGUGGAGCCCAUCAAUGAUGCGAACCUCAAGAUUGAAUGGUUCUGCAAUGGCAAGCAGCUGCCCAUGGGUCAUCGCUUCCGCACCACCCACGACUUUGGCUAUGUGGCGCUGGACAUUCUCUAUGUCUAUGGCGAGGACACGGGCACGUACAUGUGCAAGGCCACCAAUUUGUUGGGUGAGGCGGUAAACACCUGCAAUGUGCGUGUGUUGAAUCGCCGCAGCAUGAUUCUGGACACCCAACAUCCCGAUGCGCUGGAGAAGAUUCAGAAACUGGAAUCGAAGGUGGUGAAUGCACGCACUGAGGUCGGUGAUCAUCCGAUUAGUCCGCCACACUUUACGGCGGAGCUGCGCGGCUCCACGGAGAUUUACGAGGGACAAACGGCGCACUUUGAGGCGCAGGUGGCACCGGUGCACGAUCCCAAUCUACGCAUCGAAUUCUAUCACAAUGGCAAGCCACUGCCAUCGGCUGCACGCUUCCACAUCACCUUUGACUUUGGCUAUGUGUCGCUGGACAUUACCCAUGCCGUGGCCGAGGAUGCUGGCGAGUAUUCUGUGCGUGCUGUCAAUGCCAUGGGACAGGCCGUGUCGGCCACUAAUCUCAGGGUGAUUGCCCGCGGCACCAUCAUCUCGGACACACAGCACCCAGAGGGUCUGGAGAAGAUCCGCAAGCUGGAGUCCACGGCGCCACAUCAGCGCCAGGAGGUGGAGACACCGGGCACUCGCCAGCGUCCUGUGUUCACGCAGCCGCUGCAGAACAUUGACAGGAUCAAUGAGCACCAGACGGCGCACUUUGAGGCGCGCUUGAUUCCCGUGGGUGAUCCCAAUCUGAAGGUCGAAUGGUAUCGCAACGAGAAGAUCAUCGAGGACAGCUCUCGCAUCACCAAGCAGCAUGACUUUGGCUUUGUCUCUCUGGAUAUUUCCCACAUUCGGAAGGAGGAUGAGGGCGUCUACAUGUGCCGUGCUGUGAAUCCGCUGGGAGAGGCCGUGACCACCGCCUCCAUGCGUGUUGUGUCCGAGGCCAGCAUUCUGAUGGACACGCAACAUCCGGACAGCAUUAGUCGCAUCCAUCAGCUGGAGAAACCUCUGGCGCCACGUCCCACCGAGCCGGAGCGUCUCUUCGAGAAGCCCAUCUUCACGCAGCUGCUGACGGGACCCUCAGAGCUAUGGGAGGGCGCCCACGCCCACUUCGAGGCGAGGGUGGUGCCCGUGGGUGAUCCUUCACUCCGUUUCGAAUGGUUCAUCAACGGAGUGGAGCUGCAAAUGGGCUCCCGACUGCGCACCACUCACGACUUUGGUUUCGUGACGCUCGACAUUGCCGCUGUGGUGCCGGAGGAUGCCGGCGUUUACAUGUGCCGCGCCUACAAUGCCGCCGGCGAAGCUGUCUCCUCCACGGCCAUGAAGGUGAAGACCAAGGCCAACAUUGAUGGACAACCUUUGAUCCCCGAGUCCUGGGAGGCCAUUCGCCUGAAGGAGGCAGCCAUGAACCGUGUGCCCGAAAUGUUUGUCGACUCCACGCCACAACAGGCGCCGGUGUUCACGACUCAUCUGCAAUCCUACGACAAGUUGCACGAGGGACAACAUGUGCUGCUCGAGGCUCAAGUGGAGCCACGCGCUGAUCCCAAUCUGCGCAUCGAGUGGUUCAAGAAUGGCAUCUCCCUGACCACCGGCUCGCGGAUACGCAGCACUUUCGAUUUUGGUCUGGUGACGCUCUCCAUUAAUGGCUUGCGUGAGGAUGAUUCGGCCAUUUACACCUGCAAGGCCACCAACCAGAUCGGUGAAGCCGUGUCCACAUCCUCGCUGAAGAUUGAAGAUCGCCACUGGCUGCAGGCGGACUCCCUGCAUCCCGAUGCCCUGCCACGUAUUGGCGCACUGGAGGCACCCAAAGCGGAUCGCCCAGCGGCGCCAGAGCCCACCUAUGAGACGCCCGUGUUCAUUACGCACCUGAACAACAUCGAGUGCAAGGAGUCGGACAAUGUGCGCUUCGAGUGCAACGUGGAGCCCGCCAGGGAUCCCACAAUGCAGGUCGAAUGGUUCUACAAUGGACAACCGCUGCAGGCGGCAGCCAAAUUCAAGUCCAUCUAUGACUUUGGCUACUGUGCGCUGGAUCUAACCAAUUCCUAUGCGGAGAACAGUGGCAUCUACACGUGCAAGGCCACGAAUAGCCGUGGCUCGGCCACCACAUCGGGCACACUCAAGUGCACCGGUGGCAAGACCAUGUACCUGGACACACAACAUCCCCAGGGAGAGAGCGGUCUGGAGGCAGUGCAGGAAACCGAAGAGGCACUGGCCAAUCGUUAUGCCCAGAAAUCGAGCAAACCCGAGACCCAAUACCCACCGCCAGUGUGGACCAAGCCGCUGCAGGCCGAGUUCCAUUUGUCGGAGGCGCAGCCCAUCCAUUUAGAGGCCAAUGUGGAGCCCAAGGAGGAUCCAAAUCUGUUCAUCGAAUGGUACUUUAAUGGCAAAAUGCUGCAGCAUGGCUCACGCUUCAAGAUGACCACAGAAUUUGGUUUCGUGACAAUGGACAUGAUUGAGGUUUACGCCAGGGAUCAGGGCAUCUACACGUGCAAAGCGUACAACAAGGCCGGUGAGGCAUUCACCUCCACAACCAUCUUCUGCUCCACCAAGGAGAGCAUCAUUGAGAGCACACAGCACCCCAAGGGCGCUGAGGGUCUCGAACAGAUCCAGGACCUGGAGGAUUCACUGCGCAAGGAUGGCUCCAAGCCGGAGCAACCCGAUCUGGGCAUUGCCCCACGCUUCACCACGGAGUUCGUCAACAUUGCAGACAUUGGCGAGGGCGAGUUGGCCCACUUCGAGGCGAAUCUUAUACCUGUGGGCGAUCAGAGCAUGAUCAUCGAAUGGUUCUACAAUGGCAAAGUGCUGGAGGCCAGCCACCGUGUGCGCACCAUCUACGCUUUUGGCACCGUUGCCCUGGAGGUGCUCGGCACCAAGAUCGAGGACACUGGCACGUACACGUGCCGUGCCACCAAUAAACAUGGCACGGCGGAGAUCAGUUGCACGUUGGAGUGCGUGGACAAGCCACGUGGACAGAAGCCGCACUUUACCUCCCACAUUCAGCCGCUGCAGGGCUUGAAGGACGGACAAUCGGCGCAUUUCGAGUGCACUUUGAUCCCAGUCAACGAUCCGGAACUGAAGGUCGAAUGGUAUCACAACGGCAAGCUGUUGCGUCACUCGAAUCGCAUCAAGACUGUCUCCGACUUCGGUUACGUUGUCCUGGACAUUGCCUACCUGCAGGAUCACGAUUCCGGGGAGUAUGUGUGCCGUGCCUGGAACAAAUACGGCGAGGACUUCACCCGCACCACCCUCAAUUGUGGCGGACGCGGCGGCGUCUUCUACGACAGCCUGCAGCCUGAUUCCUUGCAGCGCAUCCGCGAAUUGGAGUGCCCACAGGGCCAGCAGGGAGAUACCAGUGCACCCGUGGUGGCAGAGCCACCGAAAUUCAUCACGCAGAUUGCGGAUGUCACCAAGCUGGUGGAGGGACAGAGCGCGCACUUUGAGGCGCGUCUUACGCCCAUCACGGAUCCCGAUUUGGUCGUGGAAUGGUACUUCAAUGGCAAGAAACUGCCGCACGGCCACCGUUUCCGCACUUUCCAUGACUUUGGCAUUGUCAUUCUGGACAUCCUUUACUGCUACGAGGAGAACUCUGGCGUGUACGAGUGUCGGGCGGUCAACAAGUACGGCGAGGAUUCGACACGCGCCUCCCUCAAGUGCGCCUCAAAGGCGAGCCUCAUCUUGGACUCGCAGCUGCCGCGCGGCAUGGAGGGUGGCCUGGAGAAGAUUGCCAAUCUGGAGUACAGCAUGGUGCGCACACGCGACGACACCACCACCGAGGAGACCAAGGGCAAGGCGCCCGUCUUCACCGUGCCCCUCGAGAACAUUGACAACAUGCGCGAGGGCGAGAAUGCGCACUUUGAGGCAAGGAUAACGCCCGCCGAUGAUCCCAAGCUGAAGGUUGAAUGGUUCUGGAAUGGACGACCCCUCAAGGCGGGCUCACGCUUCCGCACUUUCUGUGACUUUGGUUUCGUUAUCCUGGAGAUUUCCCCGGUCUAUCCCGAGGACUCCGGCGAGUACUCGUGCCGUGCCAUCAACGAGUACGGCGAGGCCGUGACCACCUCCACCAUGAAGAUCCAAGGCAAGCGCUCCAUCAUUAUGGAAUCACAGCUGCCCAAGGGCAUGGAGGGCACCAUCGAUCGCAUUGCCGAGCUGGAGGGAUUGGGCUCACGCAGCACAGAGUUCGUGCCGGACGAUGACACUGGCAAGCCGCCAGAGUUCAUUACGACGCCAUUUGAUAUGGUCAUCACGGAGAAUUCGCUGGCGCACUUUGAGUGCCGCCUGCAGCCCAUCAAUGAUCCGUCGAUGCGUGUGGAUUGGUUCCACAAUGGCAAGGCCCUGUGGGCUGGAUCUCGCAUCAAGACCAUCAAUGAUUUUGGCUUUGUAAUCCUCGAGAUUGCGGGCUGCUAUCAGCGCGAUACGGGGCUGUACACGUGCAAGGCCACCAACAAGCAUGGUGAGGCCACAGUGUCGUGCAAGCUGCAGGUCAAGGGUCGCCAGGGCAUCAUCAUGGAGCCACAGCUGCCGUCUAACUUCCGCACCGGCACCGAGAGCCUGCAGAAGCUGGAGGAGAGCAUGCACAAGCGCGAGGAGAUUGUCAUCGAUGAGGAGCAACCCAAUCCACCGAAAUUCACCGAGGACAUUAAGGACAAUCUGGAUGUGCCCGAGGGCGGACCCAUACACUUUGAUUGCCGCGUGGAGCCCGUCGGCGAUCCAUCGAUGCGCAUCGAAUGGUUCUACAAUGGCCAUGUGAUGGCCACUGGCUCCAGGGUGCAUCAGCUAAAUGACUUUGGCUUCAUUGCUCUCGAUGUGGAUUACAUUUAUGCCCGGGACUCGGGCGAGUACACGUGUCGUGCCACCAACAAGUGGGGCACUGCCACCACCACCGCCAAGGUCACGUGCAAGGGCAAGCAUAACAUUGUCUACGAAUCGCAGCUGCCCGAGGGCAUGACCUCGGACAAACUCAAGGAACUCGAACGCGGACGCAUACCCGAGGCACCCAAGAUCGUCGAACAGGAGUACGGACCCCCGCAGUUUGUCACACAAAUCACCAACGUGACCGUGGAGGAGGCCGAGGCCGUCAGAUUCGAGUGCCAAGUGGAGCCCAAAACGGAUCCCAGCCUGCGCGUUGAAUGGUAUCGCAAUGGCAAACCUCUGCCCUCAGGUCAUCGCUACAGGAACAUCUUUGACAUGGGUUUCGUCUCGCUGGACAUUCUCUAUGUUUAUGGCGAGGACUCUGGCGAGUAUGUGUGCCGUGCCAUUAACAAUCAUGGCGAGGAUCGCACUAGAGCCACAGUGUCCUGCAAGAAACUGCCCACAAUUCUGUUGCAAAAUCAAGUGCCACGCGGCAUGAAACGCUCCGAUGCCUUGACCCAAAUGGAGGCCACCAUCAAAAAGUACACCUCGGAGGUGCAUCUCACUGAAGAUGAUCUGUUCGAUCCGGAUCGCAAGCAGCCCCCGAGGUUUGUGACUCAAAUCAAGGAACAGCUGACGCUCACAGAAAUGGCUGUGACGAAAUUCGAAUGCCAAUUGGCGCCCGUGGGUGAUCCCAAUAUGAAGGUUGAAUGGUUCUUCAAUGGCAAGCCAUUGCUGUACAAGAACCGCUUCCAACCCAUUUACGACUUCGGUUAUGUGGCCAUGAACUUUGGUUGGGUUUAUCCCGAGGAUUCCGGCGAAUAUGUCUGCCGUGCCACCAAUUUGUAUGGCAAGGAUGAGACCCGUGCCUUCAUCAAGGUCUCCGGCAAGCCGGGCAUUGUCUAUGAUUCGCAGUUGCCUGCUCAUAUGCAGAGCAUAGAUCGCAUUCGUGAAAUGGAGGCCUCAUGGCAGGUUGUCCCUGAGGAGGCUGAUCCCGAUGCCAAACCGCGUUCUAAGCCUGUUUUUGUCAGCAAAAUUGAACCCCAGACGGUGGAGGAAGGCGAACCCGCUCGUUUCUGUGUCCGUGUGACUGGACAUCCACGUCCCAGGGUCAUGUGGCUGGUCAAUGGCCAUACCGUGGUGCAUGGCUCUCGCUAUAAGCUCACCAACGAUGGCAUGUUCCAUUUGGAUAUCCCCAAGACCCGUCAAUACGACACUGGCAAAGUGGAGGUGAUUGCUCGCAAUUCUGUGGGUGAAUCCAUCACUCAAACCGAAUUAAAGGUUGUCUCACGCUCCGAUGAUUAUCGCAAUGUGCUGAAGAACUCGCCACGCCCCUGGUAUGAUUACGAGCUAGCCGCCUAUCAGAAGGAGCGUCAGGACAAUGAGCUGGAAAAGGUAUUCGAUGAACGUAAGCAAUAUUUGUCCGAGCAGAGUGCACACACGCUCAAGGGUGUGGAGCAUCUGAAGCCGAAGCAGUACAAGCCACAGACACCCGACUGGCAGCAGAAUGUCAAGGCCAAGAAGAGCGAGGACUACUACAACAAGCUGCAGAGCCUGGAGGUGGAGCAGCUGCUCAAGGAGACCAAUCUGAGGAGGGACAAUCAUCAGUAUGCCAUACCCGGCGAGAAGGUUGUCAGCAGUUCAGCGGCCAAGGGCAUGGCACACUCUUACGAGGAGAAUCUUCAAGAGCAAACGAGCACCACUCAGGUCAAGCCUGCCCCACCAAAGGGCAUCGCUGAACCCUCCGAAUCAUCGGUUCAUGGCCGUGAGGUGCACAUGAACAAGCAGCAGCAAGUGCAGAAGGAGAUCCAAGGAGAUCUUGAGAUCACACGCAAGAUCACCGCCACCGAAACCACCGAAGUGGAGCACAAGGGCACAAUUCAGGAGCGCGUGGUCAAGGGACCCGUUAAGCCUGCCAAGGCCCCAAUUUUCACCAAGAAAAUUCAACCCUGCCGCGUGUUUGAGAACGAACAGGCCAAGUUCGAGGUGGAAUUCGAUGGAGAACCCAAUCCGACGGUGAAAUGGUACCGCGAGAGCUUCCCCAUUCAGAACUCACCGGAUCUGCAGAUCCACACGUUCAGUGGCAAAUCGAUUUUGAUUAUCCGUCAGGUGUUUGUCGAGGAUUCGGCUGUGUUCUCGUGCGUCGCAGAGAAUCGCGGAGGCACCGCCAAGUGCAGCGCCAAUCUCGUGGUGGAGGAGCGUCGUCGUGCCGGCAAGGGUGGCAUUCAGCCACCGAGCUUUGUGACCACCAUUCAGAGCACCACCGUGUCCACCGGACAGCUGGCACGCUUCGAUGCCAAGGUCACGGGUACCAAGCCCAUGGAUGUCUACUGGCUGAAGAACGGCAUGAAGAUCCAUCCGAGCAUCAAAUUCAAGAUGCUCGAGGAGGAUUCCAUCCACACUUUGCUCAUCAUCGAACCCUUCGCCGAAGACUCUGGCCGCUACGAGUGUGUGGCCGUCAAUUCGGCUGGAGAGGCGCGUUGCGACGGCGACUGCGUGGUCCAAUCGCCCACAAAGCCGGAGAAGCCCACGACACCCGGCAGCGAGAAGGCCCCACACAUUGUGGAGCAGCUGAAGAGCCAGUCUGUGGAGGAGGGCAGCAAGGUGAUCUUCCGCUGCCGCGUGGAUGGCAAGCCCACGCCCACAGCCCGCUGGAUGCGCGGUGAGAACUUUGUCAAGCCCUCGCGCUACUUCCAAAUGUCGCGACAGGGCGAAUACUAUCAGUUGAUCAUCUCGGAGGCCUUCCCCGAGGACGAGGGCACCUACAAGUGUGUGGCCGAGAAUAAGUUGGGCAGCAUUCAGACCAGCGCCCAGCUGAAGGUGCGUCCCAUUGAGAAUUUGGACGCUCCACCGACCAUUACGGCACUGAAGGAUGUCUCCGUUACGGAGGGCAUGCCCGCACAAUUCAAGACGACGGUGACGGGCAAGGUGAAGGCCACUAGUGUUCAGUGGUUCCGCGAGGGACAGCUGAUACCCGAGACACCAGAUUUCCAGAUGAUCUUUGAUGGCAACAGCGCUGUGCUUUUGAUUGGAACCACCUACGAGGAGGAUUCGGGCAUCUUUACAGUACGUGUGACUUCGUCCACCGGCCAGGUCGAGUCCUCAGCCAAACUGACUGUUAAAAAACGACGCAUCUCGGCCUUUCAAUUGCGCACAAUUGAUUCCGCUGAAGAUGAGUCCUCAUCCUCUGGCCGGGAGGACAGUGCGCCCGAUUCCCCACUGCAGCCAGGACAACAGCUGCAGCCAGGAGGCCAACAGCAACAGUUUGGCCAGUACCUGGGUGUCAAUGGACAUGAGGGCAGAUCCCGCACAAAGAAACCCAAAGUGAGAAGCAAAUCCCUGCAGCCUGCCACAAAAGUGAUUCCCUGGCGCAAGUCCUCACGCCCAACACGUGGACGUUCGCUGGACAAGGGUGUCUUCCUGCCUGGCUUCAAGCCAGAGCCUGUGAAGUCCUGGACCGAGGAGACCAUCAGCCUGAAGGCCACACCCAUUGAAAAGAAGAAGCCAACGCCAAAGCUAGAGGCGGCCACAGUCGUGCUCAAGUCGAUCAAAACGGAGCGGGACCAGGGCAUCAUGAGUCUGGGCGCCACACUGGAGCAGAUAAUUGCCGGCAAGACGGAGAAGGAGGCAGUGCCAUGGAUCACCAUGCGGGAGAAGCUGAAGCAAGUGGAGAGCGUCUCGGAGCAACUGAACAAAUUCGACAUUGAUGAGGUUUACCUGCGCCCGCUCGAGGGCACCAUCGAGACGGAGGAGCCGUUGCCGCAGCAGGCCCAAGUGGAGCAGGAGCAGCGCACCAAGGAGAUACAGCGACUCAAGAGCAUGGAGAGUGUCGAGAUUAUGGAGAUGACCGAUCAGAUCGAUAAACUAAUCACACAGCAGCAGAACAACAAAGAUCUGAUACCCUGGAAGGAGAUGCGACAGCAGCUGAAGAGCGUGCAGCGUGUCACCAAGCAGAUUGACAAAUUCAAGAUCGAAGAAGUGGAACUGAAGCACUUGCAGGCCCAGCAGGCGGCCAUCGCUGAGGAGGUACUCCUCACCAUCGAUGAGAGCUCCAAGGGUUCCAUCUCGAAGGUUGUGCAGCGCCAGGAUCUGCAGCACUACGAGGAGGAUCAGUCUGUGGGCAGCCACAAGCAGCAGUUCAUCACCACCGAAGAUGUCAACAUAAUGCACGUAUCGGAGCGGGAGCAACUGGAGGCUCAGCGUCUGAUCCUUGAGCAGCAGGCCGUCAAUUGGCGGCAGCAGCAACAACAGCGACCACAGCUGCAGCCACUGACCUCCGUGGAGGACACCAUUUCGCAGACGAGCGAUCGCCAGCGAUUGGUGCAACAGCAGAGCCUCAUCGAGGAGGCACAGCGGCAGCAGUUUGUGCAGAUCGAGGACUCGCAGAUGAUGAGCAUCGAGCAGUACGAGCACCAGAAGAUCAUCAAUCAGCGCACACAGCAGGAAGCCUUCGACUGGCGACAGCAGCGCGAGGCCCAGAAGUUCAUUCAAGUGGAGGACUCUUCGCUGAUGCACUUGCAGGAGCGUCAGGACACACAGGAGCAGCAGUUGCUGCAACAGCAACCCGUCCUGUGGGAUCGUGGCAAGAAGAAGCCGGAACAGGCACAGCCACAGCCUCAGGCACCAGUCCAGGAGCAGCCACAGCCACAGUUUGUGGAGAAACCAAAGACCUACGAGGAAAUGCACGACGUGUUGCAGGAACCUCUGCCGGUGGCACAGCCACAGCAGCAGCCGGUGCUGUGGGAGCGUGGCAAGAAGCAAAAGCCAGCGGCUCAAACCUACGAGGAGUUGCAUGAUGUGUUGCCGGAACCACAGCCCGUGCAGCAGCCCGAACAGGUGCCUGUCCUGUGGGAACGUGGCAAGAAGAAGGUCGUACAGGAGCAGGUGACCACCACCCAAGAGGUGCUGCAACAGUCCACCCAAGUGAUUGAAUCUCAAGAGGUGUUGCAGCAGUCCACACAGGUACUGCAACAGCAACAGAUUGUGGAAGAGACCAAAAAGACAGCCGUUCGUCGGGUGAUUCCCCCACGGGAACCCGAACAAAAGGUGGAACAAGUGCAGCUGAAGCCCACGCCCAGACCACGCCCCAAACCAGCGGAAAAGGCGGAGGACUUCCAAUUGAAGCCCCUGAAGACCAUCAGACCAGUGCAACAGACGGUGGAGCAGCAGCCGGCACAAAAGGGCUACGAAGAGGCCACGGAUGAGCUGCCCGAAGAGGCGCCUGUACCACAAGUGGAGGAACAGCCGCAGCCUGUGCUGUGGGAGCGUGGCAAGAAGCCAAAGCCUCAACAGACCGUAGCACAAGAGGCAGCACCGACUCUAGAGGUUGCAGUCGACACUUUGGAAGAGGAAAAGAUUGCACCCGAAGAGCCACAGCCGCAGCCUGUGCUGUGGGAGCGUGGCAAGAAGAAGCCAGCGGUGGCAAAGCCAGCGGCAGUUGUCGAGGAAGCAGCACCCAAAACUCUCGAAGUGGUCGAGGAUACCUUGGAGGAGGUGCAGCAGCAGAUCGAACCUCAACCGCAGCCCCAACUGUGGGAACGUGGCAAGAAAAAGAAGCCCGUGCCCAAGCCACAAGAAGUUGUGGAGGAAAAACUGCAGGAAGAAACUAAAAAGACCUACGAAGAGGCUGUCGAUGUCCUGCCCGAAGAACCCAAAGUGGAGGAGGCGUCACAGCCUGUGUUGUGGCAGCGUGGCAAGAAGAAGCCAGCAGCAGCAAAGCCAAAGCCAGAGGCAGAGCCUGUAGAAGAGGAGCAGCAUACCGAUGAGGUUGAUGCACAAAUUGAAAAGGUUCUGGUCGAAGAGGAGGCGGAAAUUGUUCAAGAAAAGCGCAGGAUCAAGAAGACCAAGAAGCCCAAGGCCCCACAGGAGUUGCCUGAAGAGAUUGUGGAGGAAAUUCCAGAGGAAGAAAUUCCAGAAGAGGUUGUCGAAGAGAUCCAGGAAGAGCAGGAGGUUGUCAUCGAAGAAAAGAAAAAGGUGAAAAAGGUGAAGAAACCAAAGAAAAUUGCUGAAAAGACUGAAGAAGAGGCCCCUGAAGAAGAGGUUCCCGAAGAGGAGGCCCCUGAAGAGGAGGUUACCGAAGAGGAGGCUCCUGAAGAGGAGGUUCCGGAGGUGAUCGUGGAAGAACAGGAAGAAACCUUGGAAGUCCAAGAAGAGAUUGUGGAAGAAAAGAAAAAGGUGAAGAAGGUCAAGAAGCCCAAAAAGACUGCAGAAACGAUCGAAAUCGAGGAAGAGCAGCCCGAAGAAGAGGCGCCAGAAGAAGAGGAAAUCAUAGAAGAACAAUCAGGGAUCGUGGAAGAAAAGAAAAAGGUGAAAAAGGUCAAGAAACCGAAGAAGAAGGUGACCGUGGAGGAAGAAGCCGAAGAGGAGCAACCCAUUGAAGAGGUGGAGGAACCAGAAGUUGAAGAACCCGAAGUGGAAGAACCUCUACCCACCGAAGAGCCCAAGAAACCCAAGGCCAAGCCACAAGAAGUGGUGGAGCAAGUGGAGAAGGUAGAACUGAAGCGAACUCCACGCAAGCAACAGCCGCUGCCCGAGAAGGAACAACUGGAGGAGGUGUCCCUGAAGCCACUGAAAAAGACUGCAAUUGUCUCGCAAGAGACACCACAACCAGAAGAGAUCGUAACGGAGAAGGUGAUCGUCACAGAAGAGCAAAUUGUGGAUGUAACCAAGAAGCGGGUAAAGAAAAAGAAGCCCAGGCCAAAGACUGACACAGAAGAGGAGGCACCCGAAGAGCCAGAGGAAGAAGACCUCAUCGAGGAAGUCGAGGAAGAGCAGCCACAGCCAGAGGUCGAGGAGCCACAGGAGGAGCUGCAAGAGCCCAUUCCAGAGGUGGAACAACCUGUCGAGCCAAAGGCAGCACCAAAACCCAAGCCCAAGCGAGAGGAAAUCAUCGAAAAGGUGGAAGAGGUGGCCCUGAAGCGUGUCGCACGACCAAAGAAACCGCUGCCAGAGGAGGCAACCAUCGAGGAAGUGCGUCUCAAGCCCACAACCAGGAAAUCCAUCAAGCCCGAAGAAGUGACACUCGAAGCAGUGGAUCUGCAGCAUGUGGAAAAGGUGGAGGAAGAGCUCAUCCAGGAGGAGAAGCGCAAAACGAAAAAGGUGAAGAAACCCAAGCACGAAGAUCUGCCAGAGAUUGCCGAUGCCGAGCCCACACAACUGGAGGAAGCGGAGCACUUGGACUUGGAGAAGGAACCCAAGCCGGAGGAGGAGCAGCCUCAAGUGCCAUGGAAGCGUGGCGAAAAGAAAAAGCCCGUGGAGGAGGUUCUCGAGGAGAAGCAAUGGCCCAAGGGCAAGCGGCACUUACUGCCCGCCGAGCAGCCCCAGGAAGUGCAACUCAAGCCCAUACCCGCGAAGCCAGCGGAGGCGCCACAGCAGCCAGAAAAGGCCAUUCCCGGUCCCCAACUGCAGCCCCAAGAGAAACCCGAAAGCGAAGAGGAGGAACUCGAGCUGGAGCCACUCAAACUGCCCGAGGAGGAAGCUGCGCCCAAGGUCAAGAAGGAGAAGAAAAAGAAGCCCAAGCUAAGGAAGGCAACACCCUCGGUGGAUGAGGUCUCGGAGGAGAUGGCCGAACCAUUUGCAGAACCCAUUGCCGAGGAAGAUGAAGUCGAAGAGAUUCUGCCGGUGGACGAUGACAAGGUGGUGGCAGUCUCCGAGGAUGUUCUGCCCGAAGAGGAGCUCCAGCCCACGGAAGAGACCACCCCCGAGGCGAAGCAAAAGGCACAGAAGAAGCGCACAAAGCGCCUCAAGCAGGCCUCUGUGGAGGGACAGCCGCAGCUGCUGGAGGCAGCCAUUGCGGAAAUCGAAAAAGUGGAUGAAGUAUUCCAAGAGAUCUCACAAAAGACCAUCACACUGCUCAAAAAGACUGAGGAUACGCGGCCGCAGUUCAUAACCACAGAACAGCUCAUCGAACUGGAUGUGGAGGAUGUGCGCCGGGAUCUCGAAAUGAAGGUUACUUCAAAUAUAAUUAAGAAAGAGAAGCGCCGGGUCGUGCUCGAUGACAGUCAACCGUUGCCCGAGCUGGAGCUCAUCACACAGAAACGCAUCCAAGAGGGCAUCGAUCGCAUGGCCGAUGAGGAACUCAUCGAGGAUCAGCAGCUGACACAGAAUCAGCAGGAGACAACCACCUCUGAGGUGAUUGGACAGGAGCGUAAGCUGGUGAAGAAAAAGAAGAAGGAAAUCAAACCCCCACGCAUCACCGAGAAGCUCCGCCCGCGACAAUGUGUGCCCGAGGAGCCCACUGUCCUGGAGUGCAAAGUGGAGGGUGUACCCUUCCCCGAAAUCAAUUGGUACUUCAAUGACAUUCUGCUCUUUGCCUCGGAGAAAUACGAGAUCACCGUGGUGGAGCAGGUGGCACAGCUGAAGAUUGCCAAGGUGACGCCCAGCGAUGUGGGUGUCUACACGUGUGAGGCCAAGAAUGAGGCUGGUGUGGCCACAAGCCGGACAAAUAUUAUUUUAGAAAAAGAACAAGGCGUUGCGCCACAGUUUACGCGGCCGCUCAAGAUCGAGUUCACCGAAGAGAAACAGCCCGAGAGGCUAAAGGUUACGGUGACGUGUCAGGUGGCCGGUAAGCCACAGCCACAGGUCAAAUGGUAUCGCGGCAUCGAAGAGGUGCUGCCCAGCGAAACCGUACAAAUGAUGUACGAUCAGCAGACGGGUGAGGUGGCUCUGGAGGUGUUUAAUCCACCGGCCAAUGAGGCCAUCACGUACUCGGUGCAGGCACAAAAUCAAUUUGGACGUGCCAUUGGCAAUGCCAACAUCAUGAGUCGCUUGGAUGAGCAGGAGCAGGAGCCCAAGGAAAUACUGAAACCCCCAACCGUCACUCCAUUGAAUGCUGUGGUGGUGCCCACCGGAGGCACUCUCCGCUUUGAGGUGCAAUACGAUGGUCUGCCCCGCCCGGAGAUCAAAUGGAUGCGCAAUGGUCGUGAGAUUGUGGAGAACGAGGAGAUUGUUGUGGAGACCACAGAGACGACAACCAUCAUCAGGGUGAUCAAUAUGACACGCAAGCGGACCGGCAAAUACGAGGUUUGGGCCAAGAACAAAGUGGGCGAGGCCAAGUCAUCCGGUUCGGUGGUUGUGUCCGACUCGAAACCCGAUCAACAGAUCCAGCCGCCACGUUUCAUUCAGCCCCUGGAGCCCAAGUACUUUGGGGAGCAUGAGGUGGCCAUACUGGAAGCUGUCGUACAAUCGGAGCCCCUCUCCUCCUUCCAAUGGUUCGUGCACAAUGAGCCCAUCAAGAGCUCCACCGAGUGUCGCAUUGUCAGCGAGGCCAACAAGUCCACACUGUUGAUUGAGGAUUUCCAGCGAAAAUUCAUUGGACCCUUUACGUGUCGCGCCGAGAAUGUGGGUGGUUCGGUGACCUCCACGGCGACAGUUAAUCUGUUGGAGGCACUGCCCCAGGAGGAGGCAGUGGAAUUUGAAUCGCCACGCUUCAUCGAGGAGUUGCUUCAGCCCGUCGAAGUGAUGGAUGGUGAGGCGCUGCUGCUGCAGUGUCAGGUGCGUGGUAAACCCACACCCAAGGUGGAAUGGUAUCACAACGAUGAGAAGAUUGUGGAGACAAAGGAAACUACGAUAUCGCAGGACUUGCAAGGCAAAUGCCAGCUGCAGAUUACCGAAGUAUUCCCCGAGAAUGAAGGCCAAUACAAGGCCGUGGCCAGCAAUAAGAUUGGCAAAUCAGUGACCAAGACAAACGUUAAAAUUCAAGCAUUUGAAUAUAUCCCCGAUUCUGAAAUCACUGGACUCACUGGAUCUGAGGAGGAUCUACUUGAUAGAACCCUCUCAAUCGACGAACAAGCACCGAAAAUCAUUAAAAAGCUACCAGAGAAAAUCGAACCCAAAGAGGGUGAACAGCCCAAGCUGGAGGUCAAGGUUAUUGGCCGACCCAAACCCAAAGUCAAAUGGCUACGCGACGAUGAGCAAAUCUUUGCCUCAGAGGAAUAUCAAAUAGAGAAUUUCGACGAUGGCACAUCGGUGCUGGUGAUCAAUCAUGUCUAUCCCGAUGAUUGGGGCACCAUCAGUUUUGAGGCAUACAAUCCAUUGGGCGUGGCAGUGACAACGGCUCUGUUCUCUGUGGAAGGCAUUGUUGGAUCCAAGGAUUAUCGUAAACCGGAAUGGGUCACACAAAUGGAGGAAAUGCAGGUGGCACUCAAAGCUGCUAAAUGCUCGCCAUCGCUACUAAAUGAAAUGCGCGACAGCCGCUGUGCCAUGGGGGAAACGGCAAAGUUUCAUAUACAAUAUGCAGGCAAUCCAAUGCCAGAUAUUCAAUGGUAUUUCAACAAUGUACAGCUUAGGGCAUCCGAAAAGUAUCGCAUGGUAGUCGAGGAGCAUGAGGCCACAUUAGAAAUUAUGAAAAUCACACAGGACGAUUGCGGCUACUACAAUUGCAAGCUAAUCAAUGAGAUUGGCAUGACAAUGUCGCGUGCCAAAUUCGAAAUAUCAUCUACGUCCAACGUGGAAGAGGAGGUUGUGCAAACCAGAAAGAUAAUCAAAAAGAAAGCUGGUGGCAAGAAGACAUCCUCAAUGGUCAAGCGAACUUCGGGUGCAUCUUCGGCGAUGCAAAAGACAGAGAUACGUAUUGUGCCUGCGGCCACAACGACAAUGAAUGUCUACAAAGUGAAACAACCUGUCUCUAUACUGGUAGAGAAGAGUGAGAUUUCCGAGGUGAUGCAGGUCAAAGAUCGUAAGAUUGCAGAUGCAGAGCUACGCAAAAGCUACACAGAAUCAUCUGAGUCAGAAGUUGAAGAAGAGAUCGAAGAAGUGGAAGAAAUCAAAGAAGAAAUCAAGGAAGAAAUCAAAGAAGAAAUCAAAGAAGAAAAGUCUGCCAAAGAAGAAAUAAAAUAUACAUCCAGCAAAACGAUUGAACUGACGAAAACAGUCGAGCUGAUACGUACAAAAAUUACCCAAAAGACCAUCACCAUUGAGGACAUACACGUGAUUUCACAGCACGAAGAGGUCCAGUGGCUGCUCGAGUCCAUUGAGGCCGUCUCCUUUGGUGCCUCGGGCGAGGCAGCACUCAGAGAUCUGGCCACCAUUGGCCUCCUUUUGCGCUAUGGCUGCACUCACUACGAGAUUACGUACAUGUACGAGCAGAAUAUCUUUAUAUCCCUGAAGAAACCCGAAUCGCAGUCAGCACUGGUGCAGCUGGUGGAGCGCGAGGGACACGAGGAGUUGAUCACCCAAAUCCUUAGUGAAUCUUCCAAUGAGGAUGAGACCAUUCUAGCAGCUACAGUGGGUUUCAAGGCCUUUAUACGUAUGAUCCAGACAUACGAGAUCACGAUCGAGAUUGUCAUACGAAAGUUUGUUAGGGAGGAUUUCAUAUCGCAGGACUGGAAGAUAUGCGGAAAGGAGAGAAUAGUAGAGACAUCGCAAAUAAUUGAAAGUCACGAGGCUAUAACGCAUGUCAAAAUCGAGGAAACAUUUAUUGAGGAACGAACGAUAAUUGUUGAAGAAGAAACAGCAACCACAAAAGUGGAUAAAAAAUUCAUACAGCAACAAGAACAAGAACAUAUACUCGUACAACAAGAACAAGUGCACAUACAGUCAGCAGAAGCCGAAGAGGAGGUUGUUGUCCAACAGCAAAUUGUGAAAAAGAAAACACAGAAAAAGCAUAAAAAACAUACAGAACAAAUACAGAUACAGGAAGAAGUGGUACAGCAACAGAUACAAAUACAAGAAGAGGUACAGCAACAGAUACAAAUACAAGAAGAAUUCAUCACACCCAUCAUCGCAGAGGAUGAAAGUGUCGAGCAAUUGCAAGAGCUUAUCCUGCCAUAUGAAACACUAUCCAUGCAACAUGUACCCAAAGACACGGUCGAAACCAUUGCCAGUGCAGAGACCACAGAACUUUCAACACCGAAACCCCAACCCGCAAACGUACAGGACGAUAUUUUGCCCCAAAAGAUAUUGGCCAUCAGUGAGGAGUGUUUGCCACUCGAUGUGGCAAUCCCCAAAGACUCUAAAAAACCAACAGUAAAUCGCGUGAGUGAACAAAUUGAAGUGCGGCAUCAACAUGCUGUAGAUGUGACCGAAACCGAGGCACGUGAGGCCUCACCCAAAGAACUGAAACCCUCAAAGAUCCCCAAGAGCGUCAAGGCCCAGCGGAAGGUGAAGGAAUCGCGUCCUUUGCUGGUGGAAGCCACAAGCAUCGAGGAGGCCAUAGAUGAUCUGCAGCCAAUGAAAAACGUAGAACAGAAGGCGCAUGGUGACAUUUUGUUGUCCCAUGAGCUCACGGAGGAACACCCACAGAUUUUGGAGGCCAUUGAGCAGCUUAAGGAUAGUAAAUCCAUCAAGGAGGAGAAUAUUGAAUCGCAUUUCUUGGAUCAAGAAGGUCUUUUGAUAACCGAAGAAACAAUUAGUGAAACUUUAGGCAAAGAAAUCGUUGAGAGCAAGCCAACAACGGAGAAGAUUUAUCCAGAAUUAACUUCAAAUGUAAGUCUAGCCAUAAGCGAAUGCCAGCCGGAGGAUUCUGUGGGGGAACUAAAACCCUCAGCGGAAGUACGCAAGGAGACAACAUCCAGCACUAUUUUAGAGCACAAAUCAGUGAGCACCAGCGCCUCAGAGGUCCUUGAAAGUGUAGACACCAUACCCCUGGAAACACAACCCACCAAAGGCAUUGCCGAUGUUAGUCUCAAGCCAGAAGAAGUUCCACUCGUCACUCAAGAAACGGAUACAUUUGAGUCUGUGGCAGAAAGCGAGACCAAGCCACGCGUGGCCGACACAAAAGCCACGCAACAUUUGGUUUUAACCGAAGGAUUGCUCAACACCACAGCAGAUGCUCAGAGCCCAUUGGAAGAGCAAAUUCCAGACUUUAAAACAGACGAAAAGAAAGCAAACUUAGAAAUGGAAACCCAGCGCCAUGUUGUCACCCAGGAAACCGUGUCGACUGAGGAGGCACCUAGUGACUUGGGCGUACAGGAGACACCAAAGAGCGUUGAAGGCACCCUCGGACAAUCGAGUGCCCUGACAAUUGGCGAAACUCUAGAGACAAAUCUCGUAGAAAUGGCCCAGGAACUGAUCGAACCCCAAGUGGAGACCACAAAACCAGCAAAGGAAACACUAACCAAAGCCUAUGGUACUGCGGAAAGCAAUCAGGAAUCUCUAUACGACACCCUGGGUUCUGUGCCAGAUGUGGAACAUCCCAAAGGACAGGGAAAGAUCAACAUUUGUGAUGGCGAACUGGUGGCAGAGGUACAGGCAGCUCCCACUGUCAUUCACACAGAAGAGGAGCUCCUGUCUGUCGUUCCAGAGUUUGUGGAUGCCACAAUUAAUAUCGUGGAGGAGACUGUCGCACUGGAGAUCAUGCAGGACACAGUGGCCGAAAAGGAGCAAACAUUCCCCCAGGAUGUGUCUCAAGCCGAACAAUCAGCUGUAGAAAAGAUAAUCCCUGUGGAUCUCAGAGUAACAACUGUCUUUGAGGUUCAGGCGGGUCAAACUUCAGAGGAUAUUGCGCCGACAGAUACACGAGCGGUGUCUGCCAUUAAGGUUCUAGAUACAAUGCCCAUUGGAGUGGCAUCUAAGCCGGAUCUCAUGGAAGGAACUAGCUAUCUGGAGGCCUUGCCGCAGCCCGAACUCAAGAGCGGCACCGUCUUGAUGGAUGAAACCCAACAGCCACUGGAAGUAACGAAUGUACAGAUCAGUGAAACGAGCACAGAACUGGCAGAUACUCUGCCAAAGCAACAGCAAACGAAAGCCCAUCCUAUCACAGAAGACUUUAGGCAUGCCGAGGGAAUGGAAAUCAUUCCUAUGGAGUCGACUGGCCAACAACCAGAUCAGGGAAAACCUACAGCAGCCCGUGCUGAUGUCAGCAUGCCUCAGCAAUAUGGCACCAAUGUCAUGGAACAGUCGCCCUUGGAGACGCUACAGCCACGUCCGCUGGAUGUCCAGCCGCAGGAACAGCAAACCGAAUCACAAUUUGAUUUGUUGCCACAACUGGAGACCAGUUCGUGCGUGACCCUAGAGCAGGAAACGGAAAUCCCCUUGGCAGAACCACAUCCAUUCCAAUCAGCAGCCAUUGGAGCAGCCAGUGCGCUGCAGGUGGCAAAUACUGAGAGUUCCCAGCAUAUGGAAUCGUUGCAGGGCAUGGAAGAUCAGCAGAGAUUGCCACAACAGCAGGCACAUUUCAAUAUAGGAGAAAUCACAUUGCCAAAGGUCGAGGAAAUUACACCACUCGAAGGAUUGCAGGAUUAUGCCUCACCGGAAUAUCAGAAAUCAGCGCUUACGAAUAUAGAAAUUACGGAAACAACUUCAUCUUUAAGGACCACCACGGCAAUUGUGAGUGAAAGGACACAGGAGCUGACGGACAAAGAUGCACCACAGGAGGUUCAAAUUCAACCAAAACUCAACGAAUUCACGCAGAAAACUCCACUCUCGGAGAGAGUCAAUGUCUUAGAUCAAGUUUCAGAGUUGAGCAGCCAACAGCCGCAUGCAGCCACGGGACAAUCCAUAAUCACUAGCUGCCACGAGAUAAAUGUGCGUCAAACAGAAGUCCUGGAGAAGGAGGAACUGCUGGAAGGUGUGCCACAGCCAAGCGACCAACUCGUGAAGAUUGCGUUGGACUCCACCACAGGACUGGCCUUGGCUCGGCAGGAGGAUACCUUUGAGCAUGAGGGAGAGCUGAGAGUACUUGCCCCAGAGGCAGAGCAGGCAAGACCCGUGUCUGCAGAUCAUCUGAAGGCUGCCCUUACCGAAGGUGUCAUGGAAAAUCAAAGCACUGGAAAGCUAGAGGACUUUAGUGUCUCCGAUAAAUAUGCCUCGCCACGUCUAGAUCUUUUGGUUGAAACCAAAUCGACAGAGACCACAGUCUAUGACAGUGUUUCCAAAUCUCUGGACUCCAUACAGCCAGAGAUCUUGAGUCCGCAACAGUCGAUGGUGCCACACGAGCAUACAACCGUCACCGAGUGCCUUGUCGUUGAUGGAACACAACCUUUCGAUGCGAAGCCAACAGAUCAGCGUACAGCCGUCAAAGUUCAGGAUAAUCUAAGCCACUCCAUCGUUCAUGAGGAUCAGAGGGUGCUGGAAUCGGAGAAGCUACUCGGCGAGGAAAGUACACCCCAGCAAAAGGCAAAUCUAAUGGAAGAUGCCACAAAUUUCCAUGCAAAAACGGUAGACACCACAGCCGUCUAUGAAUCCAUGGGCGAGGAGCAUCCAACAGAUAAAUGCAGCAUGCAACAGGCACAAAUCACUCACGAAUUGGCACACACUCAUGCCACAGAACUGCAGCAGGCUGUGGAGGCAGAGAAAUUGCUUGCAACGCCUGAACAAAUCUAUGCAGUGGCCACAGCUGAUGGUAUAUCCUCACAGCUUGGACUACCAAUCAGCUCGAAGACACAGACUGUGGAGGAUGUGGAUGUUUUGGUCACUCUGCCCACAGACGAGCGAGUGGCACAGUCCACCUAUGAAGGCCGGCAGUACGAGGUAACAGUCAGCGAAGUCCAGGGUAUCGAGGAGUCUGAGAAUCUACAGAAAUCUAUAGAAUUAACACCCGUUAGCGCUGCCGAGUCGUUGGAUGUCAUGUUUAAGGCUACAUCGGUGGACACCCAGCCGGGUGUCUUCCAAAAGGAGUCCCCAAUCGAAGAUCACAAACCGCAAGAGGCCACAGCAAAGCCUGUGGUAGAUCUCCGCCAAGGCACCACAACAUCCGAUGUGUUGGCUCUGGAAUCCUCUGAGCGCAUUCCAGACACACCGACAACAGCGCCACAAGAGGCACAGAGACAGCUAGUCACUGGGGCGGAGUCUAGGAAGGUGCAGGUCCGAUUCGAUGACUUUAUUAUGGAUAAGGAAGAAACCCUGCCGGAGACCAUUCAAGAAUUCUAUGGCAAACCGUUCAUUGAGGGCACACAGAGGGAGACACUCAUCACUCAAGUGAUUCCCAUGGAAAAUGUUGAUCAAAUAGAGACGCCACAAGCUGCUGCCACAUUCCAAGUGAGUCCUACGUCCAGCGAGAGAAUCACUCAAUCGCACAUGGUGGAAACCCAACUACCACUCGAACUGGAGAGUGAAGCCAUCAUUGAAUAUGAAAAACUUGCCCAAGCAAAGGUCAAAUCGGAUGAAACGAAUGUCCAUACCACAAUAUCCGAAGUCAAUACAUAUGAGAUCACAAAAGACAUUAAGGGGAUGUCGGAACAAGGUCAGUUUAUAAAGAUCGUAGAGGAUUCUGACAUCAAUCGUGCCCAUGUGACAACCAUACAAUCGACGCUUCUCAAAGAAGAAAAUCUCCAGCUGGAGCCCAUUCGCGAUGAAGACAUUGCGCGUGUGUCUGACGUUAAGCUGAAGAAGAAAUCUGUGAUAACCGAAGAGGUUCUGGGCAUCAGUUCAAUCCAGGAAUCGUAUGACCUGCAAAAGCCCGACGAGGGCAAGGUCCAAAUCACACGACAGGCGCCACAUGAGACUGUAAGUGUGGCCGAGCAACAGAUCUACGAACAGGUACCGGAGAUGAUCUUAGAGCAGGACGAUCGUCGAGCCCGUACAAAGCCAAGUUCUGUUGAAACGCUUUUGAAACCGAUUGAAAGCUCUACUGUUAAUGUCUAUGAAAAUGUCGAGGGACAUGGGGAAUUUAAGCCAAUUAGUGUGCUGCCCUCAACGGAUACCACUGUAAUUUCCGAGUUGAAGGUUUCGGUGGUGGAAGAGGUGUCUGUGAUGCCAUCCUUGGGUCGAGUUCCGACUGAGAAACCCUUGGAGGGCAAAGCAACACCAGAAACUGUGCCACACAAAAACGUCCUGCAAAGCGAACAACUGCCCUGUGAGGUUGCAAGCACUUUGCUGGAAGAAGGAACACCAUCCACGGAGCAGGCAAAGCUUGCACCAGCGGAUACACGAGUUGCAGCCGUGACGAGUGUGCUGCAUGAGAAGGGCACCAUUCGGGAGACGAUCACAAGCACUCAAGUAGAUGAGAAACAAGCGCUUCCUUCGAUUACCACACAGAGUACGUAUCUGAAUGAGCAAACAAUCGCACAAGAGAAUGUCAAUCUGUUAGAUAGUGAGGAACAAAAACACAUACAGCCACAGAACGCAAGUAUAUGUAUCAAAGAAAACAUCACAUCCAUAGCCACAACAGAACAACCAGACUUAUUCAACACAACCACAACAACGAGUCCUAAUGACACACGCACUGAGGAGAGAAUACACCCAACACUGGUCGAGGAUACCCUGAAGAAUGCUUUACAGACAACACAAUUUGUGUCGGAGGAUACCUCUGACCUGCUCCUACCGAAAUCAAUGCUUAAAACUGCACUCCCCAAAAGGGUAACACAUGCUGUAGCACUUUCCACCACAAACGAGUCACAAGCCACAAUUUACACAUCGAAAGAUGAAGACCACACACAGAAACUGUUAGAGGAGAGUCUUACACAAGAUAUUUUUAAAGUUAAAAUGGUAACACCGCGUGUGGAUACAAAUCAAACCACAGACACACCACACACAACACCACAAAAGACACCCAAACACACACAAGAAACUAAUGAAACCACAAUCACGGAAACCCCCGAAACUCUGCAAAUCAUCGAGGAAAUAUCGGAAGACGGCAAACCCAAGAAGAAGAAGAUCCGCACUCGUGUGAUCAAGAAGGUCAAGGGAGACAAACAAGAAGUCACCAAGAUCGAAACCGUCGAGGAGGAUGACAAGCCUUCGGAGACAACAGUCACCGUUGAAGAGAUUCCCUACGAAGAAGAGAAACCUGAGGAGAUCCAGGAACUCCCAGAAGAGGUUCGCGUUGUCGAAUCCAUUUCUGAAGACGGCAAACCCAAGAAGAAGAAGAUCCGCACUCGUGUGAUCAAGAAGGUCAAGGGAGACAAACAAGAAGUCACCAAGAUCGAAACCGUCGAGGAGGAUGACAAGCCUUCGGAGACAACAGUCACCGUUGAAGAGGUUCCUUACGAAGAAGAGAAACCUGAGGAGAUCCAGGAACUCCCAGAAGAGGUUCGCGUUGUCGAAUCCAUCUCUGAAGACGGCAAACCAAAGAAGAAGAAGAUCCGCACUCGUGUGAUCAAGAAGGUCAAGGGAGACAAACAAGAAGUCACCAAGAUCGAAACUGUCGAGGAGGAUGACAAGCCUUCGGAGACUACAGUCACCGUUGAAGAGGUUCCUUACGAAGAAGAGAAACCUGAGGAGAUCCAGGAACUCCCAGAAGAGGUUCGCGUUGUCGAAUCCAUCUCUGAAGACGGCAAACCAAAGAAGAAGAAGAUCCGCACUCGUGUGAUCAAGAAGGUCAAGGGAGACAAACAAGAAAUCACCAAGAUCGAAACUGUCGAGGAGGAUGACAAGCCUUCUGAAACUACUGUCACCGUUGAAGAAGUUCCUUACGAAGAGGAGAUACCUGAGGAGAUCCAGGAACUCCCAGAAGAGGUUCGCAUUGUCGAAUCCAUCUCUGAAGACGGCAAACCAAAGAAGAAGAAGAUCCGCACUCGUGUGAUCAAGAAGGUCAAGGGCGACAAACAAGAAGUUACCAAGAUCGAAACUGUCGAGGAGGAUGACAAGGUACCUGAGACUACAGUCACCGUUGAAGAGGUUCCUCACGAAGAGGAGAAACCUGAGGAGAUCCAGGAACUCCCAGAAGAGGUUCGCGUUGUCGAAUCGAUCUCUGAAGACGGCAAACCAAAGAAGAAGAAGAUCCGCACUCGUGUGAUCAAGAAGGUCAAGGGAGACAAACAAGAAGUCACCAAGAUCGAAACUGUCGAGGAGGAUGACAAGCCUUCGGAGACUACAGUCACCGUUGAAGAGGUUCCUUACGAAGAAGAGAAACCUGAGGAGAUCCAGGAACUCCCAGAAGAGGUUCGCGUUGUCGAAUCCAUCUCUGAAGACGGCAAACCAAAGAAGAAGAAGAUCCGCACUCGUGUGAUCAAGAAGGUCAAGGGAGACAAACAAGAAGUCACCAAGAUCGAAACUGUCGAGGAGGAUGACAAGGUACCUGAGACUACAGUCACCAUUGAAGAGGUUCCUUACGAAGAAGAGAAACCUGAGGAGAUCCAGGAACUCCCAGAAGAGGUUCGCGUUGUCGAAUCCAUCUCUGAAGACGGCAAACCAAAGAAGAAGAAGAUCCGCACUCGUGUGAUCAAGAAGGUCAAGGGCGACAAACAAGAAGUCACCAAGAUCGAAACUGUCGAGGAGGAUGACAAGGUACCUGAGACUACAGUCACCGUUGAAGAGGUUCCCUACGAAGAGGAGAAACCUGAGGAGAUCCAGGAACUCCCAGAAGAGGUUCGCGUUGUCGAAUCAAUCUCAGAAGACGGCAAACCAAAGAAGAAGAAGAUCCGCACUCGUGUGAUCAAGAAGGUCAAGGGAGACAAACAAGAAGUCACCAAGAUCGAAACUGUCGAGGAGGAUGACAAGGUACCUGAGACUACAGUCACCGUUGAAGAGGUUCCUUACGAAGAAGAGAAACCUGAGGAGAUCCAGGAACUCCCAGAAGAGGUUCGCGUUGUCGAAUCCAUCUCUGAAGACGGCAAACCAAAGAAGAAAAAGAUCCGCACUCGUGUGAUCAAGAAGGUCAAGGGAGACAAACAAGAAGUCACCAAGAUCGAAACUGUCGAGGAGGAUGACAAGCCUUCGGAGACUACAGUCACCGUUGAAGAAGUUCCUUACGAAGAGGAGAAACCUGAGGAGAUCCAGGAACUCCCAGAAGAGGUUCGCGUUGUCGAAUCCAUCUCUGAAGACGGCAAACCAAAGAAGAAGAAGAUCCGCACUCGUGUGAUCAAGAAGGUCAAGGGAGACAAACAAGAAGUCACCAAGAUCGAAACUGUCGAGGAGGAUGACAAGGUACCUGAGACUACAGUCACCGUUGAAGAGGUUCCUUACGAAGAAGAGAAACCUGAGGAGAUCCAGGAACUCCCAGAAGAGGUUCGCGUUGUCGAAUCCAUCUCUGAAGACGGCAAACCAAAGAAGAAGAAGAUCCGCACUCGUGUGAUCAAGAAGGUCAAGGGAGACAAACAAGAAAUCACCAAGAUCGAAACUGUCGAGGAGGAGGACAAGCCUUCUGAAACUACUGUCACCGUUGAAGAAGUUCCUUACGAAGAGGAGAUACCUGAGGAGAUCCAGGAACUCCCAGAAGAGGUUCGCAUUGUCGAAUCCAUCUCUGAAGACGGCAAACCAAAGAAGAAGAAGAUCCGCACUCGUGUGAUCAAGAAGGUCAAGGGCGACAAACAAGAAGUUACCAAGAUCGAAACUGUCGAGGAGGAUGACAAGGUACCUGAGACUACAGUCACCAUUGAAGAGGUUCCUUACGAAGAAGAGAAACCUGAGGAGAUCCAGGAACUCCCAGAAGAGGUUCGCGUUGUCGAAUCCAUCUCUGAAGACGGCAAACCAAAGAAGAAGAAGAUCCGCACUCGUGUGAUCAAGAAGGUCAAGGGAGACAAACAAGAAGUCACCAAGAUCGAAACUGUCGAGGAGGAUGACAAGGUACCUGAGACUACAGUCACCGUUGAAGAGGUUCCUUACGAAGAAGAGAAACCUGAGGAGAUCCAGGAACUCCCAGAAGAGGUUCGCAUUGUCGAAUCCAUCUCUGAAGACGGCAAACCAAAGAAGAAGAAGAUCCGCACUCGUGUGAUCAAGAAGGUCAAGGGCGACAAACAAGAAGUUACCAAGAUCGAAACUGUCGAGGAGGAUGACAAGGUACCUGAGACUACAGUCACCGUUGAAGAAGUUCCUUACGAAGAGGAGAUACCUGAGGAGAUCCAGGAACUCCCAGAAGAGGUUCGCGUUGUCGAAUCCAUCUCUGAAGACGGCAAACCAAAGAAGAAGAAGAUCCGCACUCGUGUGAUCAAGAAGGUCAAGGGAGACAAACAAGAAGUCACCAAGAUCGAAACUGUCGAGGAGGAUGACAAGGUACCGGAGACUACAGUCACCGUUGAAGAGGUUCCUUACGAAGAAGAGAAACCUGAGGAGAUCCAGGAACUCCCAGAAGAGGUUCGCGUUGUCGAAUCCAUCUCUGAAGACGGCAAACCAAAGAAGAAGAAGAUCCGCACUCGUGUGAUCAAGAAGGUCAAGGGAGACAAACAAGAAGUCACCAAGAUCGAAACUGUCGAGGAGGAUGACAAGGUACCUGAGACUACAGUCACCAUUGAAGAGGUUCCUUACGAAGAAGAGAAACCUGAGGAGAUCCAGGAACUCCCAGAAGAGGUUCGCGUUGUCGAAUCCAUCUCCGAAGACGGCAAACCAAAGAAGAAGAAGAUCCGCACUCGUGUGAUCAAGAAGGUCAAGGGAGACAAACAAGAAGUCACCAAGAUCGAAACUGUCGAGGAGGAUGACAAGCCUUCGGAGACUACCGUCACCGUUGAAGAAGUUCCCUACGAAGAGGAGAAACCUGAGGAGAUCGAAGAACUUCCAGAAGAGGUUCGCGUCGUCGAAUCCAUCUCCGAAGACGGCAAACCAAAGAAGAAGAAGAUCCGCACUCGUGUGAUCAAGAAGGUCAAGGGAGACAAACAAGAAGUCACCAAGAUCGAAACUGUCGAGGAGGAUGACAAGGUACCUGAGACUACAGUCACCGUUGAAGAGAUUCCCUACGAAGAGGAGAAACCUGAGGAGAUCCAGGAACUCCCAGAAGAGGUUCGCGUUGUCGAAUCCAUCUCUGAAGACGGCAAACCAAAGAAGAAGAAGAUCCGCACUCGUGUGAUCAAGAAGGUCAAGGGAGACAAACAAGAAGUCACCAAGAUCGAAACUGUCGAGGAGGAUGACAAGGUACCGGAGACUACAGUCACCGUUGAAGAGAUUCCCUACGAAGAGGAGAAACCUGAGGAGAUCCAGGAACUCCCAGAAGAGGUUCGCGUCGUCGAAUCCAUCUCUGAAGACGGCAAACCAAAGAAGAAGAAGAUCCGCACUCGUGUGAUCAAGAAGGUAAAGGGAGACAAACAAGAAGUCACCAAGAUCGAAACUGUCGAGGAGGAUGACAAGGUACCUGAGACUACAGUCACUGUUGAAGAAGUUCCUUACGAAGAGGAGAAACCUGAGGAGAUCCAGGAACUCCCAGAAGAGGUUCGCGUUGUCGAAUCCAUCUCAGAAGACGGCAAACCAAAGAAGAAGAAGAUACGCACUCGCGUAAUCAAGAAGGUCAAGGGAGACAAACAAGAAGUCACCAAGAUCGAAACUGUCGAGGAGGAUGACAAGCCUGCGAAGACUACAGUCACCGUUGAAGAGAUUCCCUACGAAGAAGAGAAACCUGAGGAGAUCGAAGAACUCCCAGAAGAGGUUCGCGUUGUCGAAUCCAUCUCCGAAGACGGAAAACCAAAGAAGAAGAAGAUCCGCACUCGUGUGAUCAAGAAGGUCAAGGGAGACAAACAAGAAGUCACCAAGAUCGAAACUGUCGAGGAGGAUGACAAGGUACCUGAGACUACUGUCACCGUUGAAGAGAUUCCUUACGAAGAGGAGAAACCUGAGGAGAUCCAGGAACUCCCAGAAGAGGUUCGCGUUGUGGAAUCCAUCUCCGAAGACGGCAAACCAAAGAAGAAGAAGAUCCGCACUCGCGUAAUCAAGAAGGUCAAGGGAGACAAACAAGAAGUCACCAAGAUCGAAACUGUCGAGGAGGAUGACAAGGUACCUGAGACUACAGUCACCGUUGAAGAGAUUCCCUACGAAGAGGAGAAACCUGAGGAGGUCCAGGAACUCCCAGAAGAGGUUCGCGUAGUCGAAUCCAUCUCUGAAGACGGCAAACCAAAGAAGAAGAAGAUCCGCACUCGUGUGAUCAAGAAGCUCAAGGGUGACAAACAAGAAGUCACCAAAAUCGAAACCGUCGAGGAGGAUGACAAACCUUCGGAGACUACAGUCACCGUUGAAGAGAUUCCUUACGAAGAGGAGAAACCUGAGGAGAUCGAAGAACUCCCAGAAGAGGUUCGCGUUGUCGAAUCCAUCUCUGAAGACGGCAAACCCAAGAAGAAGAAGAUCCGCACUCGUGUGAUCAAGAAGGUCAAGGGAGACAAACAAGAAGUCACCAAGAUCGAAACUGUCGAGGAGGAUGACAAGCCUUCGGAGACUACAGUCACCGUUGAAGAGAUUCCUUACGAAGAGGAGAAACCUGAGGAGAUCGAAGAACUCCCAGAAGAGGUUCGCGUUGUCGAAUCCAUCUCUGAAGACGGCAAACCAAAGAAGAAGAAGAUCCGCACUCGCGUAAUCAAGAAGGUCAAGGGAGACAAACAAGAAGUCACCCGGAUCGAAACUGUCGAGGAGGAUGACAAGCCUUCGGAGACUACAGUCACCGUUGAAGAGAUUCCUUACGAAGAGGAGAAACCUGAGGAGAUCCAGGAACUCCCAGAAGAGGUUCGCGUUGUCGAAUCCAUCUCUGAAGACGGCAAACCAAAGAAGAAGAAGAUCCGCACUCGCGUAAUCAAGAAGGUCAAGGGAGACAAACAAGAAGUCACCAAGAUCGAAACUGUCGAGGAGGAUGACAAGCCUUCGGAGACUACAGUCACCGUUGAAGAGAUUCCUUACGAAGAGGAGAAACCUGAGGAGAUCGAAGAACUCCCAGAAGAGGUUCGCGUUGUCGAAUCCAUCUCUGAAGACGGCAAACCAAAGAAGAAGAAGAUCCGCACUCGCGUAAUCAAGAAGGUCAAGGGAGACAAACAAGAAGUCACCAAGAUCGAAACUGUCGAGGAGGAUGACAAGCCUUCGGAGACUACAGUCACCGUUGAAGAGAUUCCUUACGAAGAGGAGAAACCUGAGGAGAUCCAGGAACUCCCAGAAGAGGUUCGUGUUGUCGAAUCCAUCUCUGAAGACGGCAAACCCAAAACGAAGAAGAUCCGCACUCGCGUAAUCAAGAAGGUCAAGGGUGACAAACAAGAAGUCACCAAAAUCGAAACCGUAGAGGAGGAUGACAAGCAACCAGAGACAACAGUGACGGUGGAAGAAACAGAUCUGAAGACUCCAUUUGGUGGCAAAGUGAAGCUUAAGAAGAGAGUCAUUGUUAAAAAGCCUGAAGAUGAGGAAACCGUGGUUGAGUUACCUGAAAGAAAAUCUGUUAUUCUCUCAGAGAAAGAAGAUGGUACUCCGACAAAGACAGUUGUGAAGACACGUAUCAUUAAAAAGAUCAAGGGCGAUAACAUGGAGGUAACUAAGAUUCAAACUGUAGAGGAGUACGAGAAGGAGCCAAAGACAAAGGUGACAGUGGAGAACUUUGAGUUGCCCUUCCCUGAACUUCCAGAGGAAAAGCUCUCCGAGGUGACGGUUCUGCCCGAUGAGGUACUGGAAUCUGAAACUGUAGACGAAGAAGGUGCGCCGAAGAUUGUGAAAACAAAGAAACGUGUGAUCAAAAAGCCAACAAGUGACAAGACCGAAGAGGUUACCCAGAUUGAUAUCAUUGAACAAGAUGAUGCGGAGCCCAUCUAUUCGAUUUCGGUAACCGAACAGCCUAUAACCGAGUCGAGGCCAGAGGAUAAUAAGUCUUUGGAACUACCGGAACAAGUAGCAGAACUGGAAUACACUUCUCACGAUGGAACCAAAAAGAAGAAGACCGUCAAGUCCAGGGCCUUCAAAAAGAAUCUCGACGAUAAACUCGACGAAGUGACAACGGUACAGACAGUCGUCGAAGACGACAAGGAACCCCUGACAACAGUGCAAGUGGAGGUUGUGCCAGCGGAGGACUUCACCCCUAUACCGAUUGAGGAAUUGCCGGAGGAGACAACCUUUACCGAAGAGCUUGACAGCAAUAAGAAACCAAAGAAGAAGACGACUAAAACGCGUACGUUCAAGAAACAGGGUCCAGAGGAAGAGGAUCUGGAAUAUUUCCAGAUACAAACCAUCGAGGAAGAGGGCAAAGAGCCCUAUUCCUUGAUCCGGGUUGUAAGCGAUGAAAAUCUUUCGGAUAUCGCUGAUAUCAUCGAUAUUAGUAAAUGCGACGAUGAAAAGGUUUCACCCAACAAACACAAACAAAAGCCACACAAAAAACCCAAGGUGGAGAAACAAGCAAAGCCCGAAAACACAACAACCGAAUACAUAACGACAUUCAAAUCGGUACAAAACGAAGAUGGAGAGACCACAAUUGAAACAGAACAGAAACGAAUCUCACAGGAGGAACAAGGCAUCGUUGUUGAGGAGGUACUCAGUGAUACCGAACCCAUUCCAGAAGACACUACAACACCACAAUCAACACCACACCUAGAAAUUGUUGAAGUCAGCGAGACAACAGACCAACAGAACAACAAAGAGUACACUAUCACAGAACCCGAAGAUGUUGUAAGUGCAGGAGACUCAGGAGACGACAAAAAGAAACCCAAACAGAAAAAGAAACCCGCUACCAAGGCUCCCAUUGAGGAGGAGACAAUUGUAGAAGAGGAACAGGAGGAGGCUCCUAUUGGGGAGACACUGACAGACGAGGGUCCUACAGGGGAGACAACACUGACAGAGGAGGGUCCUGGGGAAAAGACUGGGGCUAAAAAACGCAAACCAAAGAAAUUAGUUGUCAUAGAAGAGGGUAAGGUUGAGGAGAGUCCUAAUACUGCUACUGCUGAGAAGAAAGAUAAAUCCAAGAAAAAGAAGGUCAUCAAAUCGAAACGCGAUGAUAUGGAUGCAUACAUACAAUUCCUCAUUCAUCAGGAGAUACCUAAGACAGUCCUUCCGGAAUAUCAGCGCACGGAAAUGGAACUUCCGCAACGAGCUCGUCGUGAUUCGUCCUUCAAGCAACCACAACCCAUGAAGUUGACACCCAUGAAAAUCGAGAAAAUCGAAUUUAAACGUCCGAAAAUGGUGGAAAUCAGUUCUGUUGCAGAAUUCCCGCAAAUGCUGAAACUCAAGGCGCCCAAGCAACGCCCCGAGGUGGAGAAAAAGAAGAAAACCGAAGCUUCGUUCAAGAAUAAGAAACUCAAGAGUUGGAUACGAUUCAUACCAUUCUCUCCGUACUGCUUCCCGUAUGUCCUGACCGAGCUGGAGACCCAUCGGGAGAGUGGAGAACUCUCUCGUAAUAUUGAAGAGGCCGAAGAGGUUCUGCGGCUGCGCCCCAAGAAGUUUAAACAUCGCAAACCUUCAAAGGCAGAGCUGGAGCAGCCCGAUCUAGAAACCUUCGACUCGGAGGAGAGCCAACACUCGGAUGAGGAACAACCCAAGCCCAAGUACAAGCGUGGAAAGAAGGUAAAGGUGGAAACUCCUGAGGAAAUUCGUAAGCUCAAACUUGGCAAAGGCAAGAUUCCACAGAAUGUCGAAACCAUCGAAGAGGUUCACUUGAAACCAGUGAAAAUCGAGGGCCAAGAAGAGGAAAUCGAAGAAAUGCCUCAAAAGGUGGCUGAAGAGGAGGUGCCAAAGAAAAAGAAGUCCAAAAAGUCAGAAAAACCGCAGGGCUCACUCCACUUUGAACCCACAGAAAUCACUGAUUUCGAAAGAACUUUCGAACAACCUGAAGAAUCGGAUACAUCAAUUGUUGAAGAAACUGAAACGCUGGAUAAACCAAAACACAAGCGAAAGAAGAAGGUUACACCUACACCCGAAACAAAUCUACACAAAAUCACCCCCGGAAAGCCAAAGGAUGUGGAAGAAACACCCGAGGAUGAUCUAAAGCUGCGUUAUCGCCAAGGCGAAAGACCAGAGGAUGUCCAGGAAGAGGUAAAACUGAAGCCUUUCUUCAAAUAUGAAGUAGAGGAACUGGAACCAGAAGUCAUUACCGAGGAAGCAUUGGAAACCCCGAGAAAACCCAUGAAAGAACCAAAGAAAAAGCGCAAGAUUAAGGUCAAGACUGAUGUAGAAGAAAACACCAUUGAAAUUGUGGAAGUUUCACCGAAAGAUAGUGAUGAAAAGAUCUACGAAAUUACCAUCACAAGUUCUGAAACAGUUCAGGAUGACAGAAAACCCAAGAAAACACUCAAAAAGAAGGUCAAACGCAUGAACAAAGAAGAACUUGAGGAAUUUGUGGCCGAAAUCAAGGAAGAGCCCGAACAAAAGUUCUAUGAAACCCGCACAGAAGACUUCUUUGAGGUGAAACUCACAGAACUACAGCCUGAGGAGGAGGUUCCGUUCGAGGAGAAGCCCAAAAAGCGUAGAAUUCUCCACGAAAAGGGUAAUGAAACGGAGAUCCUAGAAAUUGUGGAAACUGUGCCUACUGAAGGUGAAGAACCCCUAUAUGAAAUAACCAUUACCACUAGUGAAACAAAGGAGGAGGAAGGUGUUUCUCCAGCUGCAGAAAAGCCCAAGAGGAAAACCAAGAAAAUGAAAAAGGAUGAACUUGAUGCGUACAUUCAGCAACUGAUCAACGCCGAGAUUCCCCUUACCGAGUUGGAGAAAUACGAAAAAAUCGAUGUGGAUGGCAAACCAAAGAAGGCCAAGAAACAAAAGCCAAAGCCCAAGGAAGAAAUCUAUCCAGAGGGAGAAUCACAUCAAAUCGGAGUCACGGAACACGAGCCCAAGGAAAAGCCAAAGGCCAAGAAACCCAAAGCCAAGAAGAUCACCAAAGAAGAGGAAACUCUUGAAACGGAGGUGAUUCCGGUCUACGAUGAGUUCCUGAUCAAGAAAAUCGAUUCGGAGCGUGCUCCCCAGGAAGAGGUUGAAGAGUCCGAGGAGAAAAUCGUUCCCGAAUUGGAUGAAAUAAUUGCUGAUCUACAGGAAACGCUUCCAAUAGUUGUGCUCGAAGAGGAAGUGGAAACUGUGCCACUGGUCUUGGAGGAAAUUGAACUGAAGGAGGAGAAAAUCACCAAAAAGCGAAAGGUCAAGACCCGGAAGGGUUCCAAGCAGUAUGAGAUUGAAAUCUUUGAAACCGAGGCACCCGAGGACACACCCGAAGAGGCAAAGGUCAUCGUCAUAACCACAGAAACAACCGAAGAUACAACUGAUGCUCCAGCAGAAGAUAAGCCCGAGGCACCCAAGAAAACAGUGAAAAAGGUGAAGAAGGAAAAACUGAAGGAGUACAUCGUCAAGGUUGUAGAAGAGGCACCUCUCGAAUUGAUUGCCGAGAUAUCUGAAGAUUAUACACCAGUUCCAGAGAGAGAUCAAUCACCAGUGGAUGAUACAACCUCCUUUACCACAACAGUUAUUGAAGAGGAGACUCUGCAAGAGGUUCGACCUGAAGAGGAGAAACCCGAAGAAGUUCGCAGCCUUCCCAAGGAUAAGAAAAAGAAAUCGGAGAAGCAGAAAAAGGUGAAAAUAACCGAAACGGAACCAGCACUUGCUCCAGAGGAAACAACUAUCACAGAAGAUAUUGUAUCGGUAACUGAAACAGAUGAGACACCGCAAGCCGAGGAAUAUUAUGUGGAAGUCAAGGACUCUGCACCCAAGAAAGCAAAGAAACCAGCCAAGAAACCAAAGGAGGUAGCCCCUGCCGAACCCAUAAGUGAAUAUACAAUUCGCGUGGAAGAAUUGGCACCCGAAACAAUCAUCGAGAAAACAAUCAAUGAAGAGGGCAAAACUGUGGAACGUGUCGUAACCAAACGUAAGCUCAAGAAGAAGGCUGGACCCAAGGAAUAUCUCAUCGAAGUGAUAGAAACCUACGAAGAGAAUAAACCCGAAGCUGAAGUCGUAGUCCAAACUACAGAAAUCACACCAGCCACGGAGGAACAACCACAAGAGGAGCACAAGAUCAAGAUUGUCAAGAAAAAGAAGCCCAAGACCGAAAGUUUGGAUAACUUUAUCCAAGAACUCAUUGAAGAGGAUAUUCCAAAGCCAGAACUGGAAGAAUACCAAGUCACUGUAGAUGAAUCCACACCAUCGGAGGUGAAGAAACCCAAGAAAAUCAAGAAACAACACAAGAAAACCACCCAAGUGGUUGAUGGUGUGCCGACAACAGUUUACGAGGUUAUCAUUCAAGAGUUUGAAGUAGAUCAGGAGGAACUUAAGCCAUAUGAAGUGGUAGAGGAGAGUGACCAUGAAGACAUCGAGGAAACUCCCAAAGAUCUGGUAGUAAAGGUCGUCGAAGAGAAACCCAAGUCCAAGCCCAAGAAAUCAGCGAAAAUCAAGGUUCUGGAAGAAGAUAAGGUAGAACCCAUCAUUCAAGACAUCUCUGAAGUGGUUGAAGUCCGUGUCACCGAAGAGGAUGGUGUUCCACAGAAGGUUGAGGUCCGAAAGAAGAAGGUCUCUAGAAAACAAGGACCCAAAGAACAGAUCUUUGAGAUCACAGAGACCAUAACGAAUGAUGAACCUUUGGCGGAAGUUUCCAUUGUAGAAAUUACAGAGGAAGAACCCAAGGAGGAUGUUCCGGAGGUCAAAGAGAAGAAACCCAUCAAGAAACCCAAGAAACUGAAGCCCGAAGAAGUAAAGGAUUAUGUGAUUAAUGUUCUCGAAGAAUUUGUGGAGCCCUACAAGUUUGAGGAGCCCGUCAUUGAGGAUCUUUCGGAAACUGUGGAAAUCACCAAAGUCACCGAAGAAGACGGCACUGAGAAGAAGGUGGAGGUCAAAAAGAAGAAGGUUUCUCGUAAACAGGGACCCAAGGAGCAGAUCUUUGAGAUUACGGAGACCAAAACGAAUGAUGAGCCUCUGGCGGAGGUAACCAUUAUCGAAAUUACCGAGGAAGAAAAACCCAAGGAAGCUGUUCCUGAAAUCAAAGAAUCGAAGCCCAUCAAGAAACCCAAGAAACUCAAGCCAGAGGAUGUCAAAAACUACAUCAUCAAUGUGUUGGAAGAGUACGUCGAGCCUUACAAGUUUGAAGAGCUGCCAGAAGACGUUGAGAAGGUACAACCAAUCAUUGAAGACAUCUCCGAAUCUGUGGAAGUUGUUAAGGUAACAGAAGAGGAUGGCACACAAAAGAAGGUGGAAGUGAAGAAAAAGAAAGUUUCCCGUAAACAGGGACCCAAGGAACAGAUCUUUGAGAUAACCGAAACCAUUACAAAUGAUGAGCCUCUGGCCGAAGUUUCCAUUGUAGAAAUUACAGAGGAAGGACCCAAGGAGGAUCUUCCAGAGCUCAAGGAAAAUAAACCCAUCAAAAAACCCAAGAAACUGAAGCCCGAAGAAGUCAAGGACUAUGUGAUCAAUGUCCUUGAAGAAUUUGUGGAGCCGUACAAGUUUGAGGAGCCCGUCAUUGAAGACCUUUCGGAAACUGUGGAAAUCACCAAAGUCACCGAAGAGGAUGGCACUGAGAAGAAGGUUGAGGUCAAAAAGAAGAAGGUUUCCCGCAAACAGGGACCCAAGGAAAAGGUCUUCGAGAUCACCGAAACCAUCACGAAUGAUGAACCUCUCGCUGAAGUUUCCAUUGUCGAGAUAACAGAGGAAGAAAAGCCUGAGGAAAAGGUGCCAGAGAUCAAAGAAAAGAAACCCAUCAAGAAACCCAAGAAACUGAAGCCCGAAGAAAUCAAGGACUAUGUGAUCAAUGUCCUUGAAGAAUUUGUGGAGCCGUACAAGUUUGAGGAGCCCGUCAUUGAAGACCUUUCGGAAACUGUGGAAAUCACCAAAGUCACCGAAGAGGAUGGCACUGAGAAGAAGGUUGAGGUCAAAAAGAAGAAGGUUUCCCGCAAACAGGGACCCAAGGAAAAGGUCUUCGAAAUCACCGAAACCAUCACAAAUGAUGAACCUCUGGCUGAAGUUUCCAUUGUCGAGAUAACAGAGGAAGAAAAGCCUGAGGAAAAGGUGCCAGAGAUCAAAGAAAAGAAGCCCCUCAAGAAGCCAAAGAAACUGAAGCCCGAAGAUGUUCAAAACUAUAUCAUCAACGUGCUGGAAGAGUUUGUGGAGCCACAGAAGUUCGAGGAGGAGUUGGAAGAAUCCGAUGUUCCAGAGGAAAUUGUUGAAGUGAAACCGAAAACUCCAAAGCCAAAGAAAUCCACGAAGAAACCCGAGGAGAAGCAAACCAUUCGCAUUGAGGAGCUUGCCCCUGAAACUGUCAUCGAGGAUAUAAUCAACGAUAAGGGUGAGGAGGUCAAGCAGGUCAAGACCACCAAGAAACUCAAGAAGAAGGAUGGCCCCAAGGAGUACAUCAUUGAGAUCACAGAAACGUAUCAGGAGAACAAUCCCGAGGCCAUCAUUGAAUUCACAACUACUGAAGUGCCCUCGGAGGAAACAACACCAAAGGAUGCCGCGGUGGAGCAACCCGUGAAGAUUGUUCAAAAGAUCAAGAAGAAAAAACCUGUCAAGGACGAUCUGGACAAGUACAUCCAAGAGCUAAUCGAACAGGAGAUCACGAAAACUGAGCUGGAACAGUACGAGCCCACUGAGAUGGAUGACAAGCCCAAGAAGCCCAAAAAGAAGGUUAAGACACAUCACAAGAAAACUGUCGAUGUUGUGGAUGGUUUACCGGUGACGAUCCAUGAAUUUAAUGUCGAGGAAAUCGAGCCAGAAGUGGAGGAACCCGAGGAGAUAGAACUGCUCCCAGAGGAUGUGCCGGAGCUGCCACAAAAGAUAGAAGACUCUACGCAAUAUUUAGUCAAUGUUUCGGAUGAAUUCUUGGAACCUCUGGAGAAAACUCCCGAAGAAAAACCUAAGCCCACAAAGAAGGAAAAGCCACAGAAAAAGAAAAAGGACAAAAAGGAGGAGCUGCCCGUUGUUCCCUUGGAGGAAAUCGAACAGACCGUUGAAGUUGUCGAGCAACCCGACGAGGAGGGCACCAUUAAAGAGGUGACCAUCAAAAAGCGCAAGGUUCUGCGCCGCAAGGGGUCCAAGGAGCAGGUCUUUGAGAUCACAGAAACCACCACCGGUGAGGAUCAGCCUAUUGCUGAGGUGACAGUCACUGAAGUAACUGCCGAUGCGGUGGAAAUCACUGAAGAAAAACCCAAACCAGUAAAGAAGAUUCUCAAGAAACCAAAGCAAUUGCAGAAGGAUGAAAUCGAGGAAUAUGUCAUCAAUGUUAUUGAGGAAUUCGUGGAGCAGGUCCCAAUUGAAACUGUAGAAAGUGAGCCAGAAGAAAUUCAGGAGGAAAAGCCCAAGAAAACAAAGAAAGCACCAAAGAAAUAUACAGUCACUGAAACAGAAGAAGAGGCGGACGUGCAGAAACCCGAAGUACCAGAGGAAACUUUCGUGGAAACUAUGGAAAUAGUUAUUGAAAAGCCGGAGGAAACUCCAGCCUAUACAAUCGGUGUUACAGAGGAAACUUCCGUAGAAGAAAAACCCAAGCCAAAGUCCAAAAAACCAUCGAAACCUAAGACUCAAAAGCAACCCUCACAAGAGGAAUCCCCAGAAUAUCUGGUGAAAGCCACAUCUGAGGAGCUUCUGCCCGAAGAAGAGUUCCCCGAACACACAACCAUCGUUCAGGAGUCGGAGGAGCCAACGCCUUUGGAGGCACCAACCUUCCAGAUCCAGGAACUUCAAACGGAGGCUGUGGAGCAGCAAGUCACAGACGACAAAGGAGAAACCACCAAGCAGACUGUCACAAAGAGAAAGAUUAAGAAGCAAGUGGGUCCCAAGGAGGAGAUAAUUGAAAUUGUCGAGACCACGAAGGAGGGAGAAACACCCGAAUACGAGGUCAUAGUGCACACCGAAGAGGUGGAACCUAUAAAGGAAGACACGCCAAAGGAAGAGGCACCCAAAAAGGUAAAGAAAACUAAGAAGGUCCCCAAGGACGACCUUCACGAUUAUAUUCAAAAACUCAUCGAGCAGGAUAUACCAAAAACGGAGUUGGAAAAGUACGAAAAGAUCGACUUGGAUGAGCCGGUCAAAAUGAAAAAGAAACCCGUUAAAAAGGUCAAAGUUCGGGAGGAAAAACCCACCGAAAAACCACAAGAAUCCGAAGAAGAAACAUCCGCUCCCGAGGAAGAUCAACCAUCGGUAGAGGAGACCAAGGAAGAACCCAAACUAAAGAUCACAGUGCGCGAAUUUUCACCGGAAAAGCCUGAAGAAAAGACGUUUGAAAUCGUAGUGCUCGAGGAGACGGUAGAGAUUCAAAAGGUGCCCGAUGAGGAGGGUAAAAUCAGGGAAAAGGUUGUCAAAACAAAGAAAAUUAAGCAGAAAAUGGGUCCCCAGGAGAUAGUUCACGAUAUUGUCGAGGUCACGGAUGCAGAUACAAAUGAAUCUGAGAUUACAGUCACCACGACAACUCCGUCGGAGGAAACCAUAGAUGUGGAGCCUGUGGUUAAGCAGAAACGUACCAAAAAGAUCAAAAAGGAUGAUGUUGAGGACUUUAUCAAGGCUGUGAUUGAGGAGGAAGCACCAAGACCCAUCGAACCCGAGACUGUUGUGGCUGUCACCGAGGAGACACCCUCUAAACCUACGCCAGAAAAGCCCAAAAAGAAGGCCAAGAAGGAAAAGCCAGCCGAUGUAGAGGAGGACAAACCAGAACAAGAGGAAAUCUCUGUUGUGGAGAGUGUGCCAGAGGAAACGCCUCAACCAGAAGAGGAUGUCUUUACUGUGGAGGUUUCCGCUCCGAUUGUAGAAGAACCUGAACUUGAGAUCCAACAAACGGAGGAAACUCCAAAGCCUGAAAAGAAAAAGAAGCCGAAGGCAAAGGUCACCGUUGCUGAAGAAGAACCCAAGGCAGAAACACCUGAAGAGCCUCUAGAAAUUACAGAAAUCGAAUCUGUGCCUGAGACACCAGAAGUUCAAACAUUCAGCAUUUCCAUCAAGGAGGAAUCCUCAUCCCUGGAAAAACCCACAAAGAAAAAGACAUCCAAGAAGCCACACGAAGCCCCCGAGGACACACCACUUGAAUCCUAUGAAAUUUCCAUCAAGGAAACUUCCCCAGAACCCCUGGAAGAAAAACCAUUCACCAUCGAAGUCAUCGAAAGCGAACCGGAGGUCAGGGAGACCACAGAUGAAGCUGGCGAGACCCACAAGGAGGUCACCACCAAACGUAAGAUCAAGCGACCCGAUGGCGAGGGUGAAAUCGAAAUCAUAGAAGUCCUUAGGGAUGAUCAGCCCGAAGCGGAAAUCACAAUUGUGGAAUACGAACCCGUAGCACCCACAAAGGAGGAUGAGAAACCCAAGGAACCCAAAAAGAAAACCAAGAAGGUGAAGAAGGACGACAUCCAUGACUACAUACAAAAGCUCAUUGAUAUGGAAACGCCCAAAACCGAGCUGGAAAAGUAUGAGAAAUUCGAUUUUGAACCGACAGUCAAGGAUAAAAUCACGGAAAAACCCAUCGAAGUGGUGGAAGAAGCUCCCGAGGGCAAGCCAAAGAAGGACAAGAAACCAAAACACAAAGAAGCGCCGAAGGAAGCGUCUCCUGUUCCCGAAGAACUGGCACAGGUGAAGAUCGUCGAGGUUGAAGCACCCGAAGAGCCUGUCCUGCCCGUUGAGAUUAUUGAGGUCCAGCCGGAGGAGGUUCAAGUCCAGGAGAUUGUCACGGAAGAGGGCAAACCCAUUCAGGAGAAGACCACCAAGCGGGUGCUGAAGAAAAAGGGACCCAAGGAGGAUACCACAUACAAGAUAACAACCAUUGAAAGUGAGGAUAAUGACUCCGUGAUGGUUAUUGUCGAUGAGGAGCCACAGCCAGAGGCAGUCGUUCUGCCAGUGGAAGAACAGCCCGAAGAAAAGGAAACGAAACCCAAACCAAAGCCCAAGAAAACAGUCAAGAAGGUAAAGAAGGAGGAUCUAGAUGAUUAUGUUAAGAAAUUAAUAGAAGAGGAAACACCAAAAGAAACUCCUCAAGAGGUAGUAGAAGAGGUUCAGCCAGUUGUAGAAGAAGUUCUUCCAGUAGUGGAGGAAACCCUUCCAGUAGAGGAAGUUCCCGACUCAACCAAACCCCAGACAAAGAAACCAAAGACCCAAAAGAAACCCAAGACAGAGACUGACGAACCCACAGAGCAGACGACAUACGUGACGACUGUAGAGAUACCCAAAGACGAUGAGGAAGAGAGCACACCAACAACAACAGCAACACCGAUACAUGCACAAGAAUCACAUGAACCCGAGGACACAGCCACUGCACAAAUUACACCGCAAGAUGAGGCUACAACAGCACAGAAAACAAUUAAACAUAAACAGAAAACAAAACCCGAAACACACAAAGAUAUCGUAGAGCCAACAACAAGUGAAGCAACAGAGGUACACAAGGACUAUCAAAUCAACAUCAUUCAUGAGGAGCCCAUCGUCGAAGAGGAGGAGGAGCCCGAGAAGAUCCAUGAGAUACGCGUAAUCGAUGAAGUCUCAGAGAUUGAGGAAUCCCAGCCCAUCAUCGAGGAGGUGGAGGAAGAGGAGGAGCAACCCAUCGCCGAAGACCAACCCGAGGAUGUCUCCAAACCCAAGACCAAAAAGAAAAAGAUCGUCAAAAAGAAGACCGAUGACCAUGAUGAGAUUAUCCGCAAAUUGCUGGAGCAAGAGAUCGAGAAAACAGAGCUGGAAAAGUACGAGAAAAUCGAUUUCGAUUUGCCCAAGAAACUGAAACCAGAAUUCGCGAACCUCGAGCCCAUGAAAAUCGUGCAAAAGGAUCAGAAACCCACCAAGGUGACGAUUGUAGAGGCGGCCGAGGUACCGAAGCAGGUGAAACUAAAGCCUGGCAAACGCAAGGAAAAGCCCACCGAAGAGCAGUCCGUACAGUUGCCCAAAUUCCGUCUCAAGACCCGCAUGGUUACGGUGGAAUAUCCACCGGCGCCAUUGAUACCCAAGCUAACCGAGAUUGGAGCCACAAAGGACAAUGGCGAGCUCUCCCGCAACAUCGAAGAGGCCGAGGAGGCGCUCAAGUUCAAGAAGCCAAAGCCCAAGAAGAUCAAAAAGAUCAAGGACGACCUGGAGAAGGUUGAGCUGGAGAAGUACGAGAAGUAUGUCAGCAGCGAGGAGGAGCCCGAGGAGCCGAAGCCCUACCAGAAGCCCGAAAAGACUCCCAAGCCCGAGGAGAAGCAAGAGGAGGUGAAAAUAAAGCUUGGAAAGGGCAAAAAGAAGCCCAAGGAGGAGGAACAGCCAGAGCAUGUUACCCUCAAGAAGAUUCCACAGAAGCCACAGGAAGUCGAAGAGGAAGUGGAACUCCAGCGCAAGCCCAAGGAAGUCGUUGUGGUCGAGGAACAGCCCAAGGAGCCCAAGGAAGGACACUUUGAGGUGCCAGCCUUCCAGCCCGUAGACUUUGAACCUUCGGAAUAUGUGCCCGAGGAACUGGAGCCCAUUGAGCAUCCCGAGAAGCCUGAGAAACCAAAGAAACCCACAAAAACCAAGUAUAAGCCCAAGGAUAAGUCUAAGCCGGAGCCGGAAACAAUUAUCUCAGAGAUUGUGCCAGGUGUGCCCAAGGAAGAGGAGGAAGUACCCGAACAGGAGGUCAAGUUCCGCAUUCCUGAAAGUGAAGCUCCAGAGGAGAUUGACUCUAAAAUCAAACUGAAGCCAGUGCCAAAGGCGCUAGAGACUGAAGCACCCGUGGAGGCAGCCAUCGUCCAGCAAAAGGUUGAGGAACCCGAAGAAGAGGAGAUUCCAGAGGUUCCCCAAGAGGAAGCCAAGAAACCAAAGAAGCCCAAGGCCAAGAAGGUACAGCCAAAGGAGGAGGAGGUCACCGAGGAAGUUCCACAAGAGUUUGAGGUCUCCGUGAAGGAGGAAGAGGCCCCAGAGGAGGUUCCCAUUGAAGAAGAAAAGCCCAAGGAGGUUAAGAUCAAGAAAAAGAAAUCCAAAGAGGCGCCUGUAGCCCAAGUGGAGGUCACAGAGGAAGCACCGCAGCCUGAGGAGGUGCCCGAGGACAUUCCCGUCGAGUACAAAAUCACAACCACAGUCCUGGAACCCGAAGAGGCGCCCAAGGAACACAAGGUGCGUGUCAUCGAUUCCGAUGAGCGUCACGAGACCACCGAAGAAGUCAUCGAAGAGAAGGUUGUGACGCGCCGCAAGAAACCAAAGCCACAGCAACCCGAAGAGUACGAGGUCACGCUGCAAGAGCCGCAGGUGCAAGAACCCGAAGUUGAAGAGGUCACCGCCGAGGUCACCAUUCCCGUGGAUAAACCUGUCGAGGAAACGGAGGAGUUCCAAGUUGAAUUGAAGCUCACAGAACCCACACCCGAAGAACCUGUGCCCCAAGAGAUCAAGGUCAAGGAAAAGGCCAAGAAAAAACCCUCAAAGGAGGUCAAGGAAGAGAAGAUUGUGGUUGUAGAAGAGGAGAAGAUACAACCUGUCGAAGAGGAGGAAAUCGUAGUGGAGGAGAAAGCAGAGGAAAAGAAAAAGACAAAGAAACCAAAGUCCUACGAAUUCAGUGUCACAGAAACAGAAGCUCCCGUCGUGGAAAAGCCCGUGGAAGUGAUCGAAGAAGCUCCCACAGUAGAGGAGGAGAAGCCCGAAGAAAAGGUUAUAGAGUCCUACGAUUCAUAUGAAAUCAAGGUCAAGGAAACAGAGGCUGAAAAGGUUACAUUCGUUGAAGAACAACCCGAGGAGGAGGAAGCUCCUGCCGAGGCAGUCUUCAAGCGCAAACCCAAACCCCAACCCGAGGCAGUGGAGGCUGAAUUUGUUGUGACAGAACCCAAGAAAACGGAGGAAAUCCAUGUGGAAACUGAAAUCAAGCAAAAGAAGACCAAAAAACCAAAGAAAACCGAAGAGGCAGCCGCUGAAUUGGAGAUCAAGGUUGUGGAAACGGAGGCAGCACCCGAACAGCCCGAAGAAGUGCCCGAAGAAAUCCAACCACAAAUUGUAGAAAAGCAGGAAAUUGUGGAAGAAAAACCUCAAGAGUUCACGGUACGGGUCUCGGAUACGGAAGCCCCAGAAAAACCCGUCGAGGAGCCACAAAGUGAGGCACAAUUCACGGUCAAGAAGCGCAAGCAAUCGGUGACAUUUGCCGAUGAGCCAGCCACAGAGAUAAUCAUCAAGGAGACCAGACCCAUCGAGGAGGUCACAGAGGAGGCCCAAAUCAAGACCAAGAAACCCAAAAAGAAGGUCAAGGAGGUGGCCGCCGAAGAGCUUAAGAUUCAAAUCACAGAGGAAAUACCCGAGGAGGUUCCCAUCAUCGAAGAGGUCGAGGAAGUGGUGACUGAAAUCAAGGAAGUUGUCGCUCCCAAGGUGGAAGAUAAGACCUACAAGAUUGGCGUCACGGAAACGGAAGCUCCCGAGAAACCUGUCGAAGAGAUUCCACAGGAGGAAGAGGUCACCGCCGAACCAAUUGUGGAAGAACCUGAGCCCCAAGUCUACCCAGAGCACAAGGUGAAGGUGAUUGAAGAGACGCCAAGGGAAAUUGUGGAAGAAUCCAUCGAGGAAGAGGUCAAGGUGAUUCGCAAGAAGAAACCCAAGCCAGAGGUCAAAGAGGAACCCGAAGCCGCUGUCUCUAUUCCCGCUCCAAAGCCCGUCGAAGAGGUUGAAGCCGUUUCCAGCAUCACCAUCGUGCCCGAGCAACCCACCGAGGAGGAGGCAGCCGAACUCAAGAUUACCAUUAUCGAAGAGCAGGCACCCGAGGUGGAGCUUGUCCAAGAGAUUGAGGAAAUCGAAGAGGUUCCCACAGUGGAGGAGCUGCCCGAGGAGCAGGUUACGCUGCAAAAGAAGAAAAAGAAGGUGCCAGUGGUUGCGCCCGAAGUGGUGGAAGAACCCGAGGCAGAGUUUGUGUUGAAGCCAAAGCCUGUCGUGGAAGAGGUCUCCGAGGAGGCCAAGAUCAAGAAGAAGCCCAAGAAGGCAGCGCCUGUGGAGGAGGCUGCCGCUGAGCUGCAGGUAACCAUCACAGAGGAAGUGCCCGUCGAGCCAGAGCUGGUUCAGGAAAUCAUUGAGGAGAUCGAGGAGGUGCCCGAAGAAGUUCCCCAAGAAAAACCCAAAGAGUACAAGUUCGGCAUCAAGGAGACCGAACCAGAGGUCGAAGAGGUGGCAGAAGUGGCUCUUCCCAAGAAAAAGCCAAAGGAAAAACCAGUCGUGGAAGAACCCGAGGCUGAGGUCACACUCAAACCCAAACCAAAGGUCGAAGAGGUGCAGGAAGAGGCAAAGAUUGUCAAGAAGAAGCCCAAGAAGCCCGUGGAAGAAGUCGCUGCCGAAGAACUCACCGUCAAGAUCGAAGAGGAGGUCAUACCCGAACCCAUUGUGGAAGAAGAAAUCGUGGAGGAUGUGCAAAUAAAGAAAAAGAAGGCGCCCAAGGUGGAACCCGUACCCGAGGAUAGUGUGGAUGCUGCUGUGUUUAAACUCAAGAAACCCGAACCUGUCGAGGCCGAAGAAGUGGUUGCUGAAGUCACACUGAAGCCCAAGGCACCCAAAGAAAUCCACGAAGAAGAAUUCUCUGUGGAUGUGAAGCUGCCAAAGGAAAAGACCGUCACCGAAGAGACCUCCGACCAGACGGUGCAACUGAAAAAGAAGAAAAAGCCACAGAAACCCGUGGAAGAAGCCGCCGAUGAGUUGAAGCUGCAGCAAACGGUGGUGGAGGAGCGGCCCGUGGAAAUCGAAGAGGAGGAAAUCGUCGAAGAGGCCAUCGUUAUGCGACGCAAGCCCAAGAAACCUUUCGAACCCUCGGUGGAGGAGCACGAGGAAACCGAAUUCAGUCUCUCGUUCAAGAAGCCCCACACCAUCACUGAGGGUGUGGAGGAGACGGGCACAGUCCUGAAGAAACGCCCCGUGAAGCCACAAACCUUGGACGAGGCUGCCGCCGAGUUGUCCAUCAAACGCCAGGAAGAAGAGUACGAAGAGGUCGAGGACAUUGAGGAGUUUGUUGUCAGUGCCAAGGCCAAGAAGAAGCCUCUGCAAAUCACCGAAGAGGACGAGGAAGCCUACACGGUCAAGAAGCAACUGCGCCGUAAGAAGGUGGACAUUCCAGAGUAUGGAGAAACCGAGAACGUAACCUUCCGUGCGAGAACUACAAAGACCAAGGAGGAUGUCGAUCAGGAGUUCAAUAUUGCUCUCGAUUCGUAUGCCGAGGAAGAGGUGUCAAUGUCGGGCAAGAUUAAGAUCAAGAAACCCAUCAAAAAGACCUACAACGAGGCUGCCGAUGAGGCAAAGAUCAAGAUCAUGCAGGACUAUGAUGAUGGACAGGAGCAAAUCAUCGAAGAAAUACGCGACGAUGAAGAUACCAUCGAUGAGGUGGAAGAACCCGAAGAGUACAUGGUAGAGGAACUCCCACCAGACGAAGUAGACUUCAAGCUGAAGCCCAAGAAGCAGCCAAAGCCCAGCUAUUCCGUGCAGGAUGAGGAGGAGGAACAGUUCCUGAUUGGCAUACGUCAGCCCAAGCGAGAUUCCAUAACGUACGAUGAGGAUUCGCUCACAUUCAAAAAGAAGCGAAAGGUUAUACAACAAUUGUACAAUGAAGAUGGAGCUUCGCUGAAUAUCACCAGGGAAAUGAAUGUUGAAGAAUCGGAAAAUCCCAAUAUCAUGUAUUCGAUUUGCAAUUACAUUGCCGACAACGAUGAGGCCAUCAAUCUGGUGGAAGGUGAAAAGGUCACAGUGGUGGGACGCCACAGCUCCGAAUGGUGGUACGUGAAGAAGAGCAUCACCGAGGAGGAGGGCUGGGUGCCCGCCCAAUAUCUAAUGGAACCCGAGGAGUAUGCCCAAUAUGUGCAGAAUAAACUCCACGAGAAGAUUGACAAGCUGCCAGUGUUUGAACGUCCCGGACCCGAAGACAAGCCCAUUGCCCCGCGUUUCAUUGAGAAACUGCAGCCCAUCCACACACCCGAUGGCUACACGGUGCAGUUCGAGUGCAAGGUCGAGGGCAGCCCACGGCCACAGAUUGCCUGGUUCCGCGAGACGGCCAUCAUAAAGCCCUCGCAGGAUUUCCAGAUCUUCUACGACGAUGAUAAUGUCGCAACUUUGAUCAUUCGCGAAGUCUUCCCCGAGGAUGCUGGCAAAUUUACGUGUGUGGCAAAGAAUGCCGCUGGUUUUACAUCCAGCACCACGGAACUGAUUGUCGAGAGUCCACUGUCGGAUCAUGGCUCGGAUGCCACUGCCUUGUCGCGUCGCAGCAUGUCCCGUGAAUCCUCACUGGCCGACAUUCUAGAGGGUAUACCACCCACCUUCUCGAAGAAACCCAAGGCCCAGUAUGUCGAUGAGAACACGAAUGUGAUUCUUGAGUGUCGUUUGGUGGCCGUGCCAGAGCCUGACAUUGUGUGGACCUUCAACGGCGAGGACAUUGACGAGGAGGAGAUCAAAAACAUUCGAAUUGUCACCGAAUCCGAUAUGCACAUGUACUGCAGCGUGGUGCACAUCACCAAGGUGAAGAAAUCGCAGGAGGGUGUCUACGAGGUGAUUGCCACGAAUCGCGAGGGUGAGGCACGUCUGCCCAUCACGCUCAAGGUGCGCACCACUGAAAAGGAGGCGCCACAGAUCCUCGAACCGCUGCGCAACAUGGUCAUACGUGAGGGCGAAAGUGUCGUGCUGUCCACCCACAUUGUGGGCAAUCCACCGCCAAAGGUGACGUGGUACAAGGACGGGAAACCCGUGAAGAAUGCCAAAUCUGAUAAGGAUUUGCAUACCUUAACGUUGAUAACACCGAAAAAAUCCGAAAAGGGCGAGUACACGGUAAAGGCUGUCAAUCCUUUGGGCAGUGUGGAGACCACAGCAAAUCUAACAAUUGAAGAACCAACGAGUGGAAAUGCAGAGCCGCCGCUGUUUGUGGAACGUUUCGAGGAACAAAAUGUCCCACAAAAGGGAGAGAUACGUCUACCCGCCAAGGUGUCAGGCAAUCCAGUGCCCGAGGUUCAGUGGCUGUUCAACAAUGCCCCACUGUUCCCCAGCGAACGCAUUCAGCAGAUCUACGAUGGCGAAACCAUUGAACUGAUCAUCAAGGAUGCCAAUCCAGAGACAGAUUCCGGGGACUACAAGUGCAUUGCCAGCAACCCGAUUGGCAAGACAUCGCACGGUGCACGUGUCAUAGUGGAGGUCGAUGAGGUGACAUUUACCAAGAAACUGAAGAAAACCAUCACCAUUGAGGAGGUGCAAUCGCUGACGCUCGAGUGUGAGACGUCGCAUGUUGUCACCACCAAGUGGUUCUUCAACGGCAAGGAGCUCUCCGGCAUGGAUCAUCGUGUGGUUGUCGAGGAUGGCAAGACCCAUAAGCUGGUCAUUCGUAACACCAAUCUACGCGACUCUGGCACGUAUGUGUGCAAGGUUAAGAAGCAGGAGACAACCUCCACUGUGGAGGUACUGCAACGUAAGCCCGACUUCAUCAAGGUACUCGAGGACUACGAGGUAACCGAAAAGGAUACAGCCAUUCUGGAUGUAGAACUGACCACAGAAGCCACCGAAGUCACUUGGUUCAAGGAUGGUGAGAAGAUCACAAUCGAAAAUAAGAAUGUGGAAUUCAUCAAGGAUGGAAAAUCGCGUCGUCUGGUCAUUCGUGACACAACCAUUCACGAUGAGGGCGAAUAUACCUGCAAAAUCGAAGGCCAUGAAUGCUCCUGUGAGCUGACAGUCAUUGAACUGCCGCCCGAGAUCAUCCAUCCAUUGGAGGAUGUCUCUGUUACGAAGGGAGAGAAUGCCAUCUUUGAGCUGGAACUGAGCAAGGGCGAUGCCCUCGUUAAGUGGUUCAAGAAUGGCAAGGAAUUGGUGUUCAAUGAACGCAUCCAACUAGCCAUCGAUGGCAAAAAGCAAUCGCUACGCAUAGUGAAGGCCAAGCCAGAGGAUGCUGGUGAAUAUUCCAUUCAAGUGGGUGAACAAACCUCAAAGGCCACGCUGACAGUGGAGGAACCGCUGGUGAACUUUGUCGUCCGCCUGCCCGACGUAACUUUGGCCACCAAAACCACCGAUGCCGAGUUCACUGUGGAGCUGUCGCAGCCCGACGUGGAGGUUACAUGGUACAAAAAGGGUAAACCCAUCAAACCCAAUCCGAAACACGAGGUGUUCGUUGAGGGCACUGUCCGUCGGUUGGUCAUCCAUGAUGCCAACGAUGAGGAUGCUGGCGAGAUCAGCUGUGUGGCCGAGAAUGUCACCAGCAGCACAAAGCUGUGCGUUGAAGAGCUCAAGCUGCCGCCCGUCAUUACCUCUGACAAGGAGCAAACGCUGAAGGUGAAGGAGAACGAGGAUGCCACAUUCACUGUCAAGUACACGGGCGGUGCACCGCAACCGGAGGCCAUUUGGACCACUCGCAACGUUGUCAUACCCAAGUCAAAGCGCGUUACACCAACAAUUGAUGAACAGUCCGCCACAUUGACCCUGCGCAAGGUUGUCGACGAUGAUGAGGGCCAAUAUACGGUGAAGCUGGUGAAUCCCGUGGGUGAGGCAGAGGCCAGUUUACAUUUGGUUAUUAUGCGCAAACCCACGGCACCUGGCACACCACAGCCCCUCGAGGUGAUGCAUGACUCCAUUACGCUGUACUGGAAGGCACCCGAGGAUGAUGGGAAGUCCGAAAUCAUUGAAUACAUUCUCGAAUAUCAUGAUGUUAAGGAAGAAAAAUGGACUGAAAUACGUAAAAUCAAGGAUACCACAUAUACCAUUUCGAAGCUGAAGAUUGACACGGAAUAUGUGUUCCGUUCGAUUGCUGUGAAUGAAGUGGGACCAUCGCCGCCAUCGCCACACUCGCCGCCCAUUCGACUGGUGCCAAAGGUCGAAACGGAGGCGCCCAGUGUACGCGAAGCACUGCAAGAUCUGACGAGUGAACUCGACAAGGAGAUCACACUGUCCUGUGUGUUUGGUGGCAUUCCAGAGCCCAAGGUUGUGUGGAAGAGGAACGGAGAGGUGUUCGAGUCGACGAGUUUGCGCUACGAGAAUCGUGUGGCCAAAUACAUUAUCGAAAAGACAACAAUUGAGACUGAAGCCACGUACACGUGUGUGGCUAGCAAUGAGAGGGGCUCCGUGGAGACCUCCUGUAGACUGAAGCUGCAACAGAGGCCCGUCGUUGAGGUGGAGGACAAGUAUCUGCAGCAGAAGCUCCGUACGGGCAGCACACUGACCAUUCCAGCAACGGUGCGCGGCUAUCCACGGCCCACGGUCACAUGGCACAAGGACACCAUCGAGCAGAAGACCGUGUCCAUAGAGACCACAGAGACUACAUCCACGUAUUCCGUGAAGAAAUUGACACGCGAACACUCGGGCAAGUACAAGGUGACGGCCACCAACGAAUCGGGCUCCUCGUAUGUCGAGUGCACGGUCCAGGUGAUCGAUAAGCCCAGUCGCCCGCAGUCCCUGGAGAUCAAGGAUGUGAAGAAGGACUCCAUCAUCUUGGAGUGGACACCACCGGUGGAUGAUGGCGGUCUGGACAUCAACAAGUACACGCUGGAGAAGUGCGAUGUCCAAAAUAAUGUGUGGAUGAAGGUCUCCGACUUUGACAAGGACAUUCAUUCGUAUGCCAUUCAAAAGUUGUCCAUUAACUCGCAGUACAUGUUCCGUGUGGUGGCCGCCAAUCCCAUUGGUGAGUCGGAGCCCACGGAAUCGGAGACGGUGACGAUAACCAAGAAGUUUGAAAAACCUUCACCACCGCGUGGCCCCACCAAUGUCUCUGGCAUGAACGACACUUCCUUUACCCUGGCCUGGGAGCCAUCGGAGAGCGAUGGUGGCUCCAAGAUACUCGAAUAUAUUGUGGAGAUCAGGGAAGAGACUGAAACCAUCUACCGUUCGGUGGGCAUUACCCUGGGCACUGUCACGAACAUUCAUGUGGAGAAGGUUCUGCGCACAAAGGGCUACUUCUUCAGGAUUUAUGCCCGCAAUGAGGCAGGCACCAGCGAGGCAUACGAGACCACUGAGAAGAUUCUUGUGGGUCGUAAAAUAACACCGCCAUCGCCGCCACAGAAUCUGAGAGCCCCAGAUGUCACAAGCCGCAGUGUGACCCUCGAUUGGGAGGUCCCAGCGCGCAAUGGUGGCUCCGAAAUUACAGGCUAUUGCGUGGAGAAACGUUCAUCGACAUCUACGACCUGGACAAAGGUCAUAACACUAGAUGCACAUCAGCUGCAUUAUACGAUCGAUAAUCUGAAAGAGAAAUGCGAAUACUGGUUCCGUGUCUCUGCGGAGAAUGAGAUGGGUCUGGGUGCGCCAGCCGUCACCGAGAGCAUAUCCCUCAAGACACAUGCCACCGUUCCCUCACCACCCACUGCCCCACUGGAGGCGCGUGUACUCGCUGCCAAUGCUCACAUAUUCGAAUGGGGUAUACCCGAGUCAGAUGGAGGUGCACCACUGCUCGGCUACCACAUUGCCAUACGUGACAUGAAGAAGACCAUGUGGAUAGAGGUGGGUCGUGUGCCGGCGGGUGUGCAACGUUUCCAGAUUCGUGAUUUGCAAGAGAAUCACGAGUACAUGAUACGCAUAUUCGCCAAAAAUGAGAUCGGUUUGAGUGAACCACUGGAAUCGGAAGAGCCCUACAAGGUUAUGACAGCAGGUCAUGAAAGCCUGCCCGAUGAGCCACGCACAGAGAUGAGCACUUGCAACACUUCGUCGUGGCUGAGGGAUCAUAAUAUGGAUGCUGAUAUCCAUUCAUAUGCUCGGGGCAGGCUCCUGCAACGCGAUGAGUACUUCUUCAGGCUGUGGGCGCAAAUACCCAGCAGCAGCAAAAAGAAGAAGAGCCUCAAAUAAGCCUCAGCAAGAGAACAAAACAA